CCUCCACUGAGUUCUGAGUCUCUUACUCCCUCCCCUGGUCUCUUUCUCACAGUUCCCCUCCCCCUGCUGCAGUCCCACCCUCCAAACACACUCACACAGCCCUUCCUGUCUCCCACCCCCCUCCCUCUGUACAGGGCUGGAGUUUGGUGACAACUGGAGACUAGUGUUGGGACUUUCUCACCCAGUUAGAGAUCUACAUGAUCCCCCCAGACUGAGCCCCCCCACCCCAUGUGCAGAGGACCUGUGUGAGCUUCCGGGGUGCCCUGUGCACAGGCAGGAGGUAAGUGGCUCUGCUUUCAGUGCAAUGGAUUACUUUUCUAUGUAGGCUGGAGUGACCACAAGGAAGAUCCCUGGCUCUUGUAGAACUACAACUCCCAUGAUGCAUUGUCAGAAUUGAAGCUGCAUCAUCGAGGUUAUUGUAGUUCUACAACAACUAGGAGAUGUAAUCUCUUAGCAGAUUUCUCUUGCUCAAUUUUGGGUUAUUGUUUGACCAUACAGCCUUAAUACAUGGAUCCCCUGUGUGAUCUGUAAGUUUUUUCCAUUUCAUUAGCUAAACUAAUGUAGGUGCACAAUAAGUGUUGUAAUCUGAACAGUGAGUGCAAAGUUAUUAAAGUAUAGCAGUCACUAAUGGACUGUUUCUGCUGGCUGUGUUGGUCACCAUAGUGAUUGCUCAACGUUCUAGAACUCUGCACCACUUUUCAGAUGUUGUUAUUAUGGGGAAUCUCCCCUUUGAGCACUAACUCUGGAUUUCGGACAAAAGCAACAUCCCCAGGACAAACCAGAGUAAUUUGUACCUUUCCUGGUUAAACACUUUGUUGUUGUUGUUGUUAUUAAUUGUGCUGGCUGAGAUUGAUGGGACUGGCAAUAAAUCAGGAGGCUCAGUAGGAAGUAUUGCCUCACAGGAGGUGUGGUGUCUGUUUUGUACAAGGCUUUGUGUAUAGUCCUCCCUGUUUACUUUUAGGCUAUAUAAAGAGAUUGUUGUCUUUUUCCCCCAGGUAUAGACCUCCUCCCAGUCUGUAACUUAUUAAUGUGUAAUCAAUAAGUAAACCACUUGGUCUUCUAUGGAGUGGAUGAGAUAAGGGUUUGCUCACUUUCGCUUUUUAUGUUCUCACAUUGACUAUAUUUACCUUAUACUGAUAAUGCCCUUCUGUCACUGACAUGCUGUCCGGCACUGCACUCAAUUUUAUAAUCUCUUACUACUGCCUCUUCCUUAAAUUAAACAAAGUUUUACCCUCCCGACACUGGGCAUCAAACUUUUGUCUUCUGCCAGCUGUGGCACGGGCCAUCAAACCCAAGUUCCAAUUCAACCCUGCUUUUUUUUUUUUUUUUGAGAGGGUAUAUAAUCUUAGGGCAGCGCAAUUCCUAUUACGCUUGUGUUAAGCAGCUGCUCUCCUUAAUUCAGCCAUUCUCCCAUCACUGAUAUGCUGGGAGAACAGCUGGUAAGGCAGAGACGGUGUAAUUCUUUCCAACUAAUAACCCAUGUAAUGUUUGUACCAGGGCGGCAUUAAGACUCGGACUUACAGAUUACUUUGUGUCAUUCGAGACGUGUUGAGGUUUUUUUUUAAAUGCACAUUGGAUGAUGCACAGUGUGACAUCAUCCAAUGUGAGGGAUUUUGAGGCCUGAUCUCCAGCACAACGCUAUAGUAUUAUUAUCCCUCAAUACUUGGUUUAUUGAUAUUUGUCAUAGCGAUACCUAGUAGUUGUGGUUUGAUCAGAAACCUCAAAUAUAUCUAGGAUAUAUCUUGACUGAAUGAAAACAUUACAACGCAGCUUCUCAGGAAAUACAGAAUAUGUGCUUUUGGCAAAUGCGUUUGGAAAGAAGACAAUAUCAGUUUAUCAUAUAUUCAAAAUGAAAAGCAAUGUUUUGGACAGACAGGGUCAGGGCCUGAUGCAUUUAAAAAAACAAAAAAACUUUAUGCCACAAAUUUUGUAAUUCAUGUCAGUAAACCUGAAAAAUGAACUUUGCUGUAAAGCAGUGUUUCCCAAUUAGGGUUCAACGAGAACAAAAUUGGGGUUCCGCGGCGGUUUGCCCGUCGGGUGCCCCAAGCAUUUUUAUGGUGACCCAAUGGGUAUCACUAAACAGGGGUCCGGUCAGGCGCUGUGGGCGUCUAAGACCACGACCGGACCCCUGUUGUAUGGGAUGCUGGGAGGAAGUGACAGCACUUCCCCCCCCAUACAGAACGCAACGGCUGGAGGAAUUGCGGGAGCGCAGCGGGAAAUGAGUAGCUGCCGAUCUGGCACACCAUCCUUAGCCAGCAGCACUGAAGGAAGAAAAAAGGUAAGUUAAACAUAUGUGUAUCUGUGUCAGUUUGUGUAUCUGUGUGUCAAGGUGUGCGUAUAUAUGUGUGUCAGUGUCUGUGUGUGUCAGUGUAUCUGUUAGAGUGUGCGUGCCAGUGUGUGUGUCUGUAUGUCAAGUUGUGUGUAUCUGUGUGUCAGAUAAAUACACUGACACACAGAUACACACACUGGCACAUACAAACACACACAAACCUUGACACACACACCGAAAAAUUAAUUGGGAACUCCUGCUGUAAAGGAUUCUGCACCCGGAAUGAUUGGCAACACUGCUAUGCUGGCACUAGGGCUAAAUAUGCUGACUAGGCAGCGGCCUAUCUACAACGGGUGUCUGCCCUAAGUGCAACUGUGCAUUUGUUUUCCUUUUUAAGAUAUAGUUAUUUUCCUUUUUCACUUUCUAUUUAGUUAUUUGCACAUCGAUGAGUAAGAGCCUUUUUUCCUGAUUUUGUGAGUGCCCUUCAAAUCAAUGAGCAAGCAGCUGAGAACAAGAUUUUUGGGGGUAUCCAUUGGCUCCUGACAAUUCUGUGCCUAUACUUCAGGUAUAAGUCCAGCUCCGACUGGCCCUGACCCUUUUUACCCUCAUUGGUAUUGCCUCUAAAGCUGUCCAUUCUUUGUAGAUCUUGUGACAUAGCCAGUUAUACAGUAUCUUCUUUGAGCUGCCCCUAACACUCUUACUGAUCUUUAGAUUCCGUUGGCACUCCGCCUGACACUCUCUCUUUACUGCUUUCUUUGCACAGAUUCCAAAUCUACCCCUACAUUCCUCUCCACCUGGCAGCACCUCUAAUUCUCUCUCUUCAUUCCUGCCCACUUGGCAGCGUCUCCAACUCUUUCCAUUCGUUUCUCUAAUACUAUCCCUUCAUUCUGGCCCAUUUGGCAUGAUGUCUAACACUAUCCCUUCAUUCCUCUCGACUUGACACUGUUUUUAACUCUUUCAUUUUUUUCCACUCUCUUGGUCCUGCCCUCUAACUCUGUCCCUUUACUAUUAUCUUCUUGGCACAGCCCUUUUGUUUGGGCAUUGGCACCAGGGCUCUGAUCCUAACCAUCAGAGAUUACUCUUAAUGCUGUCAAAGUUGGUCCACAAUGGUGGCAUCAUGUUCCACGUACCUCACUUCCUGAUUAGGAUUAUAGAAACACUCUUUAACACUAUAACUGCCUUCUGUAGUGGUUAUGGUGCCAUGAGUUCCCUAGUGCUGUCCCACUGUCAUAUAAAAAAAACUAAAUUUUAGUACGAUUUAACAACCUACCUGGGAUCCCUCAGGUGCCAUGAGACACACACCCUACAUCCAUGAUCCUCAUGUAGGAGAAUCCAGUUAACUAUACUUGCCUAAGCUUCAUUACGCAGGACUGAGCGCAUUGGCCAAACAAGGCCUGAAUUGGCCAUACUGAACAGUACAGAUAGCUGGCUUCUCCUGGAGGAGAAAACAUGAUGCAGGGGACCCAGAUAAGUUGUCAAAACAAUACUAAAUUGGUUUGAUAGAUUUUAAUGAGAGUACUCCUGGCCCUGUAACCGUAGUGGUUAUGGUGCUUGAGGUUUGUUCUUUUACCUGUUGUCAAGACUGGCCCUGCUUGUGUCUCUUGCUAGCUGUACUUAUCAUUUUGAAUCUGCAGCUUUUCCCUUGUCAGUGUCCUUUUAACUUGUUGCUAAUGCUGCACUCCCCUGUGAUCUGUCACUCAGCUCCAUUGGUCCACUUGUACCGCCUGUAUCACUCACAUCCUCUGUUAAUGCCCCGGCACUUUAACUUUUCUCAUGCCUUCCAUUCCUACCCUUACAUAUGUCUCCUCUCACCUCCUCCCCUCUCUCCUCUCCUCUUCUCAGUCCUUGCAAGUCUGUGAACCCUGUGCCUUCCCCGGUUUCUUCCGGUUCCUUCAAUGUCCCUUGGAACCCAGAGUGUUCCCAGCUGGUUUCCAUUGUCCUAAAUAACUAGACAAUAACAUUAACCCUUUUAUGUAGCUAUCUCUGAAUUGGUGUAUUACAGUUAGUUGUGAAAAUCAGCCUGGUUAGUUAUGUCAUAAAUAAAUAACACUUGAUGAUUAAAACAUCAAGUUAAUCUUCAAUGCUGACACCAAGAGCUAGCAAUCCUAUUACUAAUUUUAUGGGAAUGUUUCAGCACUUUACAUGAGUGUAUUGCAUGAGGAUAUUAACAUAAAACUGUUUUAAUUCCAGUUUCACUAUCUCUCACACCCUUUGUGGUGAAUAUACACAGCGUGCAAACAGGAUGACGGGCUUCGUAAAGGCUCUGUUUGUAUUUCAGCUGCUAGACAGCAUGUGUCGGUGAUGGCUUUGUCAACCCAGAUGUGUCAUACUACAUUUCCCAUGAUUCUCAUCUAGCCUACAUUUAUAGGGCAUGUAGUUCACAAACAUAGAGUGCCAAGUUUGCGGACUAUAUUUAGAAGCAGAAGUGAUUUUUUUACAGUCUGUAAAAUAAACAAUAAAAUAUUUGCCAUCAUCAAUAUUUUGGUACCUUGUCUUAUUGACUCAUAGUAUUUUAUAAAGUCUGCACUGCUAAAUGUAGUCACUAAACUCUGAAUGGUAGUGAAUUGAAAUCCAGUUUGCAAAAUUUAAAGGGUUCUCCAAACACCAUAACCACUACAAGUGCUGUAGUGGUUAUGAUUCUAAGACCCUGGUCGGUUUUGGCCCCCCCCCUUACCUGGGUUUGCCAUGUGUUGGGGCGUGAGCUGACAGCUCUCAGCGAAACAAUGCGACCGUGCAUAGAAAUAUGCAUGUAAUUGACUUUAGCCAGCCUUGAACUCUGGCUGGCUAAUUAUGCCUUAAUGACGCAGCCCCAGUUGUAGUUGCACCUCUGGCAGCAAAGGAGUUAAACUCUAAAUGUGCAGUGUAGAGCAACUCUGCACAUUCAGACUCUAGGCACAUUCAGACUCUAGGCACCAUGACUACUUCAAAUCAGGCGAUGAGUUGAAGAAUUUCUUAAAAUGAACUGUUUGCCUGAAUCUGGCUAUUUGGAUUUCUUAUCGCUAUAGUUCUGAGUUUAGCGAAUAAACGUGACUAGUGUUAUAUUCACAGAUCAUGCCUAGUGUAUUGUAAACCUCUGUACUUCGUCAUCCAUUCACCUCCAGCGUAAGUUUGUAGGUAGGCAUAAAUUAGCUUUUCAAUAAAAAUCUGUAUUUAGUCAGUUUGACAUUAACUGUUAACACUAUAUCCCACGUCUUCAGAAAGAGAUGCCAAUAGCCUGAUUUUGCUAAUUGAGCCUUGAACUUGCUGUAAGUAGGCCUUGUUUUUCGGUUCUGCUCUGGCGGUAUUUGCGAAAUACAGAUAUGACUUGGCCCUGUUUUAUGUAUGUCUUUUAUGUUUAUAGUCUUCACCUUGGAUGCUUACACCAGCAGUUUGAAGCAUCUAAAGCUCUCCUGAAACUCAAGUGUUUUUCUGCUUGAAAAAUAGCAUAUUGUGACUUGCACUAUAAAAAGAGCUGUGGGGCUACUUCCUAUUCUCACUGAAAAGGUUUGUCGUUUCCUGGGCAUUAUAACUAGCAGCUUGACAGCGAGACAUUGUGAAAUCUGUGACUCUUUUUUUCUUUUUUGGUUAGUUUCUUCAAAAGUCUGCUUGCUUAACCCAUUUUUAACCAGAGGUUUAGAUGCCUGGCCUAGGCGGUGGUUUUGAAAGAGUUACAGCAUAAUAGCAGUUGUUAAGCUCCGUUUUAGAGACAGUCUGGUCUGUCUGAGCCCAGAGAAGUAAAUUAUUUGCGUUUUAAAACAUAUACAAUGUUAAUGCUAUGAGUACAUUUAUACAGUAAAUUUGUUCCGUUAACCAUGUACAUUAGUGUGGCUGUGUGCGAUAAGACCAGCGUUUGUAAAUGUAAAGCUCUCAUUCUGAACAGGAUUUCAAGUCCCAUUAUCCACAACCAGAGAUUUCUGUUAUGCUUUAGUGCUGGCAUGUAUGCAGGAUGUUAAUUAUUUGGGGAUAUCAAGGCCAGUGACGCGAUGCAGACAAGAUGGCGUUAUGAGAUAUCUGUGCCUUCUAUGUGGAAUGAGGUUUCGGUUACAUUUUCUGUUGGCCAGAGAGACCUUAUGUUAAACCGUGGUGUGGGAAAGCAUCAUGGGAGAAGUAGUCCCACAGCAAACGCAGAGCUACCUGAUGUUUAACCCUCUAUUAGAUUGUCUUUUUAUAAGGACUCCUGUAUGACCUGUAUACUAACACACCAUGAAUAUUUUUCAACAGUAUCGUAGAUCUAUACAUGGAAAGAAAACACUAAUUUAAUUUGUUUUUGCGUGUUUUUUUACUUCUGUAUUAAAUCAUGAUUUGCAAUAGAUGUAGAUAUAGUAUGUGCAGCUAUUGCAAGCCCUCUCUGUCAUUCUUGGCACAGGCUUUCUCAUUGAUGCCAGGAAAUAACCAGAGACUUCUAUUAAAAUUCAUUAACGAAAGGUGCCUUUUGAUUUUAAAGCGGCUCUGCCACUUUCCUUGUGUAUAAUUUGUAGGUUGCUUAAGGGUGGAGCUAUAGAAUAAGAUACAAUUCUUAUGUCCUUCCAGCGCUAUGUCCCUUCUGGCAGCUUUGUGUCCUCAGCUGUCUGUGUGGACUCUCGUUGUUCUGGGCAUGUUCGUGAUUUCACGGGCAAACCCUAGGAAGGACGAAGGCUACGGUUUCCUACUGUUGCCAUCAUGGAAACCCAAAGAGCACGUCCCCAUGAAAGAAGACCCAACAGGACUGGCACCACUGCUUGUGGGGAUACUAAAUGUUGUAGGGAUUGGGAGGGCCUGGGAAGGGAUACAUAUAGUUGGGAUUUAGUCAGCAUAAACACCAUCUGACUGUCUAACCGAAAACCGGAGAGCUAUAACGGGGCUUAUUUACAAAAGUGUCAAUUUCUGUUCAAUUCAGAACUUUUAUAAAAUAAAAGAGCGGAUGCACUCUACAUAGAUAAGCAAGCAAGCUGGGGUACUCUGUAGUUCCUUUAAUAGUUUGAGGGUUCUGGUAGUAUCAUGUUUAAGAAGCUACCUUUCCUCCCAAAUCAUCUUAGAGACAGCCGCUAGAGGCUGGAUUAACCCAUUUAAACUGCUAUGUUUACAGCAGAAAGGGUUAACCCUAGCUGGACCUGGCACCCAGACCACUUCGUUAAGCUCAAGUGGUCUGGGUGCCUGUAGUGGUCCUUUAAUAAAUGGCGGAAGACAUUGUAUAAUAUGUAAGCGUCUCUUAUCUCUUUUCCUUUAUAUUCGAUCAGCCAGUUUGUGUAGGUGUUUUAUUGUUUUUUUUUCAUUUGGCUUAGAGCGUGCUUUAGUGUUCUUUUUGCAUAAGCCGUCCUCAUUUCUUCUAUAUGACAUCUCGAAUACACUGUUACAAUACAAUAAUACAAACUGUAUACAUUCUGACUGCUCUGGGGAAGAUCAUGUUUUAUUGAAAUGUUUGUCAAACAAUUUCAACCACAUCAUUUGUUGUUUUUAGCUGUACCCAAUGGUAAAACUACCUAAACAGUUAUUUGUUAAUUGCAGAUUAAUCAGAGAGCUGCAAAUUUUAGACAUAAAUAGCACAGUUUACUAGCUCGCCUGUUUUGGCCUAAACGUCACAUUUUUUUUGUGUGUUGCCAGUUUUCAGAAUAUACCUGCAAUUUGCAAACGUUGCAACGUUUUGUCUAAUUGGAAGCCAGUUUGAUGUGUUCGUUUCGGUAAUGGCUUAGGAUGCCCAGGGUUUUAACUAUGACAAAGCUUGUGUAUCGGACAGAAUCAUCCAGUGGUCGUAGGUGCUUAUUCAAACUAUAUAAUAUAUAGUGAGGCAAAUCGCCCUCCAGGCAUACAGACAAAACUGGCUGCCGUCAUUUUGGUGUGUCAAGAUGUCUGACCCCACAGUCAGACAGUGGUGUCAAUUGUGUGCCAUUAAUGUUUGGUUAAGAUCCUUGAUGCUGGCUAUAUACUCUGCUGCUGUAUUUUCGCUGUGCUGUACACUGUCAGUUGUGUGCCAUUCGUGUCCUGAGUAUACCCGGGCUGUGUAAGCCUUUCAGUUGAACAUCAGUACUCCACUCAACAUCUGUGGGGCACUGUUGGUGCCCAUUGAGGACUUGUCUCUCAGGAACCAAUGAAUGUGUUGAGAUGACAAUCUGUUGGCGUAGGGACGUAAUCCCUGUGUAAUUUAAUAUAUUGGGGGGCUCAUGGGUUCUUGGGACCCUGGCCUUUUCUGAAUCAGUAAAUUCUCUGUUCAUUUUGCAGUGUAGUCACAACAUGAUAUUUAAACACUGCCUCCCAUUCACAGGUGGUCAUAUUUUCCGUACAGAGGGUAAUUAUUUUCCCAACAUUGAGAGCAGAGGAAGCAGCAUGUAAUGCGGUGCGGUGGGAGAAUGUUAGCCUUUUCUGUGUGCAACACAUGCCUGCCUCUACAGUCCUGCAAGUCUACACUACUGUUGUCAUGUGUGUGUGCUGCACACCUGUGUCUGACAUGAACAGGCCCCUGUUCAUUAGCUGUAGACUGACAAUCUCUCACAUCCGCUUGACUUUUCUCUUCUUAACCCCUUGGUUUUCUUAUUGCCUGUGUGCGCCUGGAAACAUUUGGCUGUGCUGUUUGGAGUUAAAGCAUGCUGUCAUGCAGCAUUUCUACUCUGUGCAUUAAUUUACGGCACAUCUCUCAUUAACCCACUGAGUGCUGCUUAGAGACUUAAAAAGGCGCUCUUUGAAAAAAGUGUCAAUGCAUCAUGGGAAUUGUAGUCCCAUAACAUCUUGGGCACCACCGAAUGACAAUAUUGGUCAAUAUGUAGCAUUCCACCUAAAAAACAAACAAAAAAACAUUUUUUUAAUUUUUUUUUCACAUUUCCUUGUGCUAAGUGCAUAUUUUUUUCCCAGCAUGCUUCAAAUUGGAAAUCUCGUUGUUUUUAAACUUUUUAUUUAUUUACUUUUGUAAAAUACUUUCUGUACUAGAAGGUGGUCAAACUGAGUUUUAAAAGAGAGAAGUGGGUGGGGGGGAUGCACGCCAGCCCAUAAUAAUGGAAUAAUACAGAAAUAUUUUUUAAAAAUCCAAUUUUUUUUUACCAUUUUAUUUAUUUAUUUUUUUUGCAUUAUAUUUUCUCAGCAAAAUAGUUUUCCCUAUUUAAUCACAUACAGUUAUGCAUCGUACAAAGAAUAUUGUUUUGUUUUGUUUCUUAACUUUGGAGUGAAUGUGUGUGCAUUUGUAUGAUAUUCACAUUUCUAAGCUCGCAACGAGAAGGCUGGUCUGAAAAGCCCAUAUCCCCGAAUGUUGCACAGACGUAUGAAAUGCAGUUCAACAAACGAGAAAUUCAGGAAAUGAACAAACUCAUCAAAUAGUUAAUUUAAACAAUUCUUGUACAUUUUUACAAGAUAUCUAAAACUCCUCCGCACAUACCGAAAUAUUCCUGUUCAAACUCACAAGGGGUUAUUCACUACACAGUGAGCUGAAAACAAAAAAAAAAACCCUGAAACAACCUGUAUUUCAGCUGAUUUUCCAACUUUUUUCUCUUUUUUUUAAUUUCUUUUUUCUUUUUUUUCCUUCGGAAUAUGAUAAUGAUGCUGCUAAUGCUCUUUUUCAAAAAAAGUUUAAAAGGACACAAAGUACCAUAACUACAACUUAUUUUCACACUGGCAUUUAUAACGCACCAACAUAUUCUACAGUGCUGUAAAAGUGGUUUAAAAAGACAGUAUGAUAUAAACAGACUAAUUCAAAAGGUAAAGAGUGGUUAUGGUGCAAAAGGCGUUGGGUGCGCAACCCCUCUGUUUUUUGUUAAACUAUUUUAUAGACAAGACCUUUGGCUUUUAUAGCUCCCAAAAUCCACACUUCUGAUGCUGCCUAGAUAAUGCACAAUUUUCUCUUCCUCAUUUUCUGUACAAAUUUUGUGAAUGAUUGUCUGGAAGCACUUAUCAAGGUUAUGUUGGCAGGAGCAGAGGUAGCAGACUUUGUAUACAAAAAGAGGCCUGUUUUUGUCAAGCCACUUGAAAACAGUUUGACUACAGCUUAAAGGAAGGCACCCAAAUACUGUUUGCACCACAACCACUACAAUAAACUGUGGAAGUUAUGGUGUAUAGAUUGUCCUUUUAAAAUAAAAUGUUCGCAUGACACUCUGAACUGGAUUUGCGAUUCUAUAAUACUUCUUAAAGGGGAAGUGUCACAGGAUUGCAGGAUAAAGAGAUGUGGGUUUGUUCUUUUCAUUUUAUGUUUCACACUUCACAAAUUCAUAUUUGUUAAACAUAGUGAUAAGUAACAUCAUACUAACAAUCCUGGGAAGUGACUUGCAUCUUUACUUUUAAAACUAAAUAUGGAGAUUUAAAUCCUUAUUAAACUACUGUAAUAUUUUGUUAUUCAUUUUAUCCAAAUCAAAGUUUUAAUUUGGUUUAAAGGGACAUUAUGGACCCCUGUAGUACUUUAGCUUCUUAAAUAACUUUAUGCAUGAAGUGUCUGUCCUCUUUUUGUUUUGCAAAACUUCCUGGUUUGUACAGUUCGAUGGAACUAAAUUCAAGAGGCAGCAAUUGCCCAGAGAACCUGCCUUGCAAAGACUUCUCAUUGAGCUGCAUUAGGAAGUCUGUGAUUGGCCAGCCACAUAAAGUCUGGGCGGGGCUAGAAGGGGAGGGCUUGUAAAGGCAACAGACAAGAGAUCUGCAGGUUUUGCAAGCCUUUUUAGAUGAAAAAUUACAUAAUUAAAUGCAUGCAUGUUUUCAUUUGGGCUAUAUCUGCUAAACAGUGAAUUUUAUUUAUUCUGUAUUUGGGUAAUGGAAUGUUCCUUUAAUUGUGUUUUGUGAAUACAUCUCUUAAUUAAAGUUUUUAUAGCGAUUAUUAGGGAUCGACCGAUUAUCGGUUUUACCGAUAUAAUCGGCCGAUAUUCGGUAUUUUCGGCAAUAUCGGUAUCGGCCAAUUCAGAUACCGAUAUUGCCGAUAAUACCUCCUAGGACCGCCAGGCUCAUUACAAGCCCAGCGGUCCUGGGGGGGGGCGGAGAGCAAGCGCUUACUCACCUCCCAGCAGCUCCUCCAGCUCCCCAGUGCAACUCUCGCGAGACCCGCGGCCGUCAGAGCGUUGCCAUGGAUCACCAUGGCAACGCUCCGCGCGACACGCUGGCCGCGAGAGUUACACUGGGGAGCUGGAGGAGCUGCUGGGAGGUGAGUAAGCGCUUGAUGCCUGCUCCCCCCCCAGAGCUCAGCCAAUACCACUGGACCACCAGGGACUGUCAUAUCCCCCCUCCCUGGCCAGGUAACAAGCAGGGAGGGGGGACAACAAAAAUAAUUAAAUAUUAAAAAAAUGUUUUAAUAAAAAAUGCCCCCCCUCACACACACACUCCAUUAUAUACACAUACACUACACAAACACACUGUGUAUAUAAUGCAGUGUGUGUUUGUAUAGUGUGUGUUUGUAUACAAUGCACACAAAUACACUGCAUUAUAUACACACACUAUACAAACACACACAAACUGCAUUAUAUACACACACUAUACAAACACACUGUGUAUAUAAUGCAGUGUGUGUUUGUGUAGUGUGUGUAUAUAAUGCAGUGUAUUUGUGUAGUGUGUGUAUAUAAUGCAGUGUAUUUGUGUAGUGUGUGUAUAUAAUGCAGUGUAUUUGUGUAGUGUGUGUAUAUAAUGCAGUGUAUUUGUGUAGUGUGUGUAUAUAAUGCAGUGUAUUUGUGUAGUGUGUGUAUAUAAUGCAGUGUAUUUGUGUAGUGUGUGUAUAUAAUGCAGUGUAUUUGUGUAGUGUGUGUAUAUAAUGCAGUGUGUGUUUGUGCAGUGUGUGUAUAUAAUGCAGUGUGUGUGUUUGUGUAGUGUUUAUAUAAUGCAGUGUUUGUGUGUGUAGUGUGUGUAUAUAAUGCAGUGUGUUUGCAUAGUGUGUGUAUAUAAUGCAGUGUAUUUGCGUAGUGUGUUUAUAUAAUGCACACUACACAAACACACACUACAUUCACUAUACACACACUACACAAAUACACACACACACACACUCUGCAUUCAUUAUAUACACACACACUUUGCAUUUAGUAUAUACAGCAUUCACUUUACGCACACUACCCACACACUACACAAACACUCUGCUUUCAUUAUAUACACACUACACUAAUACACACUGCAUCCACUACACACACUAAACAAAUACACACUGCAUCCACUACACAAACACACAUUGCAUCCUCCACACACACUACACAAACACACACUGCAUCCACAACCCACACACUACACAAACACACACUGCAUCCACAACCCACACACUACACAAACACACACUGCAUCCACUACACACACACUACACAAAGACACACACUGCAUCCACUACACACACACUACACAAAGACACACACUGCAUCCACUACACACACACUACACAAAGACACACACUGCACACUACACAAAGACACACACUGCAUCCACUACACACACACACAGCUCCCCUGUCACACUGCAUCCACUACACGUGGCAUGUAUAUUUUGUGCAUUUACCUUUAGAAAUAGUUUUUAUUUUCCAAAAUGGUAAAUGUACAGAAUAUCGGCAAAUUAUAUCGGCUAUCGGCCUGAAAGUUCACAGAAUAUCGGUAUCGGUAUCGGCUCUAAAAAAUCAAUAUCGGUCGAUCCCUAGCGAUUAUUAUUUCACCUGCUUUUAGUGCCAUUUUCCCAUUAGAAGUAGAAGCGGAAGGGGACAUUUGUUGCAGUAGGUUUUUUGUCUUGCUUGAAUAGAUUUGUUUUUGGUGUUUGUGUUUUUCUUUUGUUUGUUUUUGUUUUGCCACAAUGUAUUAAGCUAAUGACAGACCGGAUUCAAUAGAAAACUGAAACUUUAACUGCAAACACUUUGAAACAAAAUAAGUGUGCAUAAUGUUCCCAUUUACAAAAUAUAGGUGGGCCAGGAUUGGCUGAGCUUAUUUCAGCAUUUCCUGGUCUGAUAGGAGUUCACUGCAGGAAAGCAGACACAAAAGUAAAAUGUCAGUAUCUUAUUUGUCUUUAUGUGAUUUUUUUAAUUGUUGAUGUGUUUUCAAUAGAAUCGACUAAAUAAGUGAUUAACAUGUUACAGACUCUAGCCAGCAGUGUCCUUGUAAUAAGUUCAUGUCUUUCCACGAUAUGCAUUUAUCGAUUUGUAUAAACAGGGCUAAGCGAAUUCUUGUAAUGGAAAAGCUAACAGGAAAUAAACUAAUGGUUUAACAUUACAUGAUUUACUUUUUAUGAGAGAGCUGUAAUUGAUGGAGUUCAGGGGGCAGGAAAAUGAAAGAAAGAAAUGUACAUGUUUAUUAACUUUAAUUUGGGGAUGAUUCACACAGCUAGUUUUAGGCAAUUUACAUUUUACCAAGGGAGACAAUAUUCUCUCAAAGCUUAUUUUGAACCUGGCUUUUUAAAAUAUAUUUACGAGUACAGCCCGUAAACCUGUCCGUAAAACUUUAUUGCAGUAUCAAUUUCCCUUUGUUGGACAGAUAACUUGCAGUGAUCAUUUUUUUUUUCUAUUUUUGUAUGUUGUAUAACCUGUUGGGGUUUGCCUUCAGUGCUAACAGGUGGCAUAAGGUCGUGCCCCCUCUAAAGUUCAGACACUAAAUAAAAUUUAUAUUCUAUGGCAAUCCAUCAUAGACUUUUUCCACUUUGGGAUUUUGCUUGCUACGAACAUUCUUGUUUGAAUUGGGUUACCAUGGCUCCUUCAUCCUCCAUAGUAACCUUGAGUUAACGUAGCAACGGGUACCCAAAUACCAGGGGGUCAUCUUGAAUGCCUUCUGUCAAAUUUCCUUCAAGUUCAACCUCUAAAAUCUUAUUUUUUUUAUUAUUUUUUUUGUGCAUUCAUGAAAUUGCAGGAAAGUUUUGCUCUAAUAUAUCAUUUAUUUUUUAGCAUCAGCAUUUUUAGCUUUUUGUAUACUUUUUUCACCUGAAUGUUCAUUGGUGAUUUAACCGAAUUGCAAGGCAUCUUUUGGAGGUAAUGAUAUAUCUUUCCAUAAUAUUAUCAUAAAGGACUAAUGGGGAAUUAACACGUUCUUGAAAAAAAAAAAAUGCACUUGUUUUUGCUGGUAUGUUAAAUGGACACUUAAGGCAUCCAGACCACUUCAGCUCAGCCACGAGAGGUGCUUCCUGCUUGCUAGGCAUCUUAAGGUCUCCUAACUGACGCUGGACAUCCUCAUGCUCUGCACAAGGACAUUCAGCAUCAGUGAAAUCCCCAUAGGAAAGCAUUGAUUCACAACUUUCCUAUGGGAAGGGCUUUAUGUGUUUGCCGCGCAUGCACAUUAGGUCCCCCCAUCGAAAGUCAUGGUAGGAGGCGGAGUGCUGACCCAGUGCUGAGGGACAGUGGCGCUGGGAUCUGGUAAGUAAAUAAAGGGUGUUUCACCCUUUGUUGGCCGUGGGGGCAAGAGAGAAGGAGAUGCAUGAGGGAGCUAUAGUGUUAGGAAUACAGAUUUAUGCAAUGCUAUAGUAUCCUUUUAACUUUUGGAAAAAAAAAUAAAAUUCAACAACUUAAUUAAAGCAGAUCAAUUAAUUAUUUAGUUCAUUCAGUACAGUAGACAACUUCACAGCAACAGAUGACCUGUGGCUGUACCUUCUGAUAUCUGACAAUAGCGGUUGCUUACGUGGCACUGCAGAGGGUUACGUUCGGUUGACUGCAAGCAUUAUGACUGCAGGCUAGGUUUAGAAUCCGCAGGACAAUUGUCUCCUCCAUUCUGGAUUACUAUCUAAAAGAAACAUGAUGUUAAACAGAUAAAGCCUAUUUGAGAAUCUAAGAAGUGAAGUGAUUUUUUUAAAUUCAUUUAAAAAGGAAACAUAAGCAGCGAAACCAUUUUCUAAGUUAAAUUACACUUGUUAAGUGCUUUUGAGUAAUGCAAUAAAAUAUGAAAGAUUUGUGAUGUUUGGGUAAUUGCAGAAAUGGUCACAGUGCGAAUGUUAUCGAGGAAUUGUUGAAAGGAUUACAACGAAAAAAACUCCCAAAGCAUAGUCCGGCUGCCAGACAGCCUGCUUGACUUAUAGAACUGCUAGGCAUUUAAUCAUGCUGUCUUUGCAGGUAAGUGCUAGUAGGGAGUACCAGGUUAAAGGGAACCUCGUGGCACCAUAACAACUUCAUCGUUAACAAGUGGUUUAACCAUAAAAAUCUGAAUUUAGCAUUGUUUAGUUCUGCCUCUCUCCUUCCACUUUGUUCGAAGCUUGAAUCAGGAAUCUUUGGACAGGACCGUCGCUGAUUGGCUAAGAGCCUCAACUGAUGCCCUAAGCCAAUCAGUAGCUCUGUAUUUACAAAAUGGCUGGAGAACAAUACGUGAGCUUUUCAAGCCGUUUUUGUGGAUGUGGAGCCACUGAUUUGUGUUAGCGUGUUAGCUGAAGCUCCAAGCUAAGACUUCCUGAUUCAAGUCUUGGGCAAAAGCAGAAGGGGAGGGGCAGAGCUACACGGGGCUAAAGGUAAGCCAGCACCAGGGACCUCUUAACACCAUAACUAUUUCAUUCCGAUGAAGUUGUUAUAGUCCCCCAUUUUUUUUUUUUUUUUUUAAAGAAAUCUUGCUACUGUUCUUGGGGGGCAGGGAUGUUCAGUGGACCUGUAAUUAUAAAUAGUUAUUGACUUUGAAAAAGUCUGAAGGGAGGGAGAGGAGGGAUAAAGGGAAAGACCAACAUAUAUAGAUUCAUGGGUUGCAGAACAAUCAAAACAACAUGGAUAUAAAGAGCAUACUACUAUUAGAAAUACAUAUCUAGAGCAAAUUUAUAAAAUGUAGUAAAGUAGUUAAAUUCUCAUGACAUUCAGUAUAAAACGGCAUUAUGACAUGUAACGCUGAUUACACGGUUACUACUUUCAUUGUUAUACAUGGUUCGUUGCCCACUCAAUGCAAACGGAUGCUGAUCACAUCUGACGUGCAUUUCACAUCCAAUGACAAUACACUGCCAAAGAAAUUGAAUAACACUGCUACAAACACAGCCCCGCUCCUAUGUUUUAUGUUACAUAAAUUACUUUCUAAACUUAUUGGUUUUCUGUUUUUGUUCUUAUUUAACUAUAAAAAACAAAGCUCUGGCGGAUUGCGACCAAGUCGAUCACCACAACAUGAAGAAAUGCCUUAAAGGGACACUAUAGUCACCAGAACAACUACAGCUUAUUGAAUUUGUUCUGGUGAGUAGAAUCAUUACCUUCAGGCUUUUUGCUGUAAACACUGUCUUUUCAGAGAAAAUGCAGUGUUUACAUUACAGCCUAGUGAUAACUUCACUGGCCACUCCUCAGAUGGCUGUUAGAGAUCCUUCCUGGGUCAUGGCUGCCUAAAAUGCAUCCAAACAUUCAGUGUCUCCUCCCUCUGCAUGCAGACACUGAACUUUCCUCAUAGAGAUUCAUUGAUUCAAUUCAUCUCUAUGAGGAGAUGCUGAUUGGCCAGGGCUGUGUUUGAAUCAUGCUGGCUCUGCCCCUGAUCUGCCUCUUUGUCAGUCUCAGCCAAUCCUAUGGGGAAGCAUUGUGAUUGGCUCAGGCUAUCACUUCUGAUGAUGUCAGCAGACUGCUUGUUUUUUUUUGAGGCAAACAGCAUGCAGAUCUACAGCUCCUGGCUGGUAUACAGUAAGAUUUAGCUAUAUUUAUGGAGGUAUGGGGGCUAGAUGGCGGUUUUAACACUAGUGAUACUUUAAUAUGUCACCUUUUCUUGAAACUGUAGCUUUUCGAUUUACAAUUAAGGAUAUAAAGUUUUUUCAUUGCCAGAUUGCUUACUGCUACAAGGAAGCUUAGUCAUAAACAGAUACCACGCGGCAAACCAUUUUGAUCAGUAUGAACAAAGAUACAUGUCUCAUGACAAAGCAAGAACGUGAACAAGAACAUUGUAUAAAACAUAUAGUAUGGUAAUACUUCUCUGCUCUAAUUCUAAACUCUUUGAAAACAAUUUUUUUUUUUUUUUUUUUGUUAUUUGCUCAGUCUUUUUUUUUUUUAAUGCAUUAUGCAGAGUGUAAAUUAAAACGUAUGCAAAAGGACUAAAUUAAAAGUAAUAAAAUAGACACAUUUGAAAUUCCUGCCCAGGAUUUGCAAUGAGCUCCUGCAGAAAGUGACUGAUGUUAAUUAUCUAUAGCAGUGCUGUGCUUAUCCUGUAAGCAGUGGUCUGUGGGCACAGCAAAGGAUUCUGGGAGCGGUAGUGUAAUUCUGUUGUAGAACCCGUCAUGACGUGUGCUGCAGUAUAUUCGGAGCAAAGACUGAAGUAUGGCCUGGAAAAGGGAAUGAAUGAUGGGCACAUAGAGAUAAAAAUAACACUCAUGGGAGGAGCUGGCAAACAGGGGGCUGUAUGAUGCAUACUCAAACUAUUCUUCUGAAAAUGAAAAUAGUGGGAGAUGUUGAAAAGCCUGUUUGCACAGUUCUGCAGAAGUCAGACAGCAGGUAGGAAUCGUUCGAGGCUGGCACUGUGUGGGUUUGUGAAUGGCUGGUGUCCUGUACGUUCAGUGCUCUCCAGACCUGGGUGGACCUGUUGGGUUAUUUCCCAGUAGACUAUUAUCUAAGGCAGACCAACUUGCCAGAAUACAGUGAGUUUUUAUGACGUUCCCGAGGUGUUUUCUCAUUGACCACAGGGUGAAAUGAGACAUUUAUUAUGUCAGUGGUUGGAACAGUCCGUGAAAACAGAGUCUGCGUCUCUCAAACACGCACAGAUCUUUGAAUGCUUCUUCAUACUGUUGAGGGGAUAUACGAUGGCACACCUUGCAACACCAGCAGCCCAUGUGGACACCUGUGACUUUCAUGUGCCAAAAAAAAGUCCCUUUGUUUGGAUCUGCCCCUCAUGCAAAAAGUUGCCUAUUCUCCCCUGGACACCACAUCGAUCUCAUUGUAACCGACAUAUUGUCUGAACUGGCCCUUUAGCCUUUUACAUCAGAUAUAAUUUGCAAACCGAGUGGACAUCCAUGUUCACCAUACUGCAUACCUUGCUUCACGUGAUACCUCACGUGAUACCACAAACACUGUUAUGAGGACUUGCUGUUAAAUUCACCAAUCCACUGCAGUGGCUGUGCUUGUAUUUCGGCAUUGAGAUCCACAGCAAAGCCUGCUAGUGGUUUGCUAAAUAAAAUUACUAUACAUUAAACUAAAAUCUUAAAAUUGGGAAUGUAAACAAUCUAUGCAUGCGCUUGCAGUUUUGAGAAACGCAAUCUGAAAAUAAAACACCAUGGUAUAUAUCACAGAUCUGAAUGUUGGCAAUUGAAUUCUGAAUGGCAAAAUCUAGUCUAAAAUAGCUGAUCUGGAAAAAUUCUCCAGUAUAUAUGCACAACCGGUUUUGUCAUUUGAAAUUUAGUUCGUGAUCAUAAAGAAUUUGGUGAAAAGUCAUGAACAGAUUUGUUUGACAGAUGCAUUGACAAAAAAUAUUAAACCCAUCACUUGUUCUGUGUAAAUUACUCUGCUGUGAACUGGUGCUUUCAGAAAUUGUGUGUGUGUGUGUGUGUGUGUGUGUGUGUGUGUAUAUAUCUAUGGUAAUUGGUUAAAUUCAGUUUUUGCCUAAAAACCGAGCUUGGCUUAUCUUUUCUCUCCAAUUUGUGUUUAGUGAAUAGACCCCAAUAGGGAUACUUGCUGUAUUAUUAUUGACAUUAUUUGUCUCUAAAUCUCUUAUUUCUGCUAAAUCACCCCAACCAGACAUUCUUCCUUCGUUUUAGCAGACGAUAGAAUGUAAAGAGAAAAGCCUUUAUUUAUUUAUGUAGAAAGCCUUUUUCCUUGCUUGUACGUAUUGAUUUUUGCUCUCCAGUAGGUAAUGGGAAACCUCUGCAAUACAGUAUUCUACUUGUAAACCAAAGAGAAAAUGAUACAUUAACGAGAUGCUCUGGGCACUUGAACUACAAUGUAAAACAUUAUUGUAUAUAGAACACACGCAAAAUGGUUAAACAGAUGCCUCAAGCAAUUGAAAUGCAACCAUGCCAAUCACUUUGAUAUAACUAUAUAUAUAUAUAUAUAUAUAUAUAUAUAUUAUUAUUAUUUUUUGCCUAAUGCCAGAUGCCUGGUAGGUGAAAAAUAUCAAAAGGAUAAAAAAAAGCAGAUGGCACCCAAAACACAUAAUAUAGUGCUGUUAUUAUUGCUAUUAAAUGCCAUUAGUCACUGGAACAAUGCUCGUGCCAGUGGCAUUUAUUAAUAAAAAAAAAUUUUGCUCCCUGGGUGAACGAGGGAUGAUGGUGUCACAAAUAUUUUAGUACUGGCAUUAUAUUUCACUUCUGUUAGAGAUCAAUGCGGAGUGUCCAAGUAUUUGUUUUUACAGUGAAAGGAGAGGGACACCAUGGACUGGCUGAAAUAUUGUAGCCAGCUCCUGGUUUAAGAGGAUACCCUUAAAGGAACACUCCAAGCAAUAUAUAUAUAUAAUACAUAAAUCAAUUUUUGCAGCAUAGAACUUCGUUCGAUUUGUUUUAACCAGAUCGAUCAGGUUUGAAGCAACUUGAAAAGUGUUCUACGCUGGACAGAUCAAUUUGUCGUCAAACAUAAUGAUUUAUACAUGAUUAUAUUGUAUAUAAUUGUAUAAUACCUGGAAAAAAAUAUUGGUCCGCUUAGAAAUAGAUGUAAUUUUAUUUAUCUAAUAGAAUGAAUGUCUGAGUUGACUCUGCUAAGAACGAGCCAAUAACACUAAAGUCUGAAUAGGCUCUAAUGUUGGUGCAUUAAUCAAAUGAGCUAAUCACAUACAUAAAAGUGCCUAUUCUUACUUUAACCCCUUAACGACCAAACUUCUGUAAUAAAAGGGAAUCAUGACAUGUCACACAUGUCGUGUCCUUAAGGGGUUAAAGCUUUUAUUUUAUUUUACUUUUUUAUUAAUGUCUUUGAGACAAGUAGGGGGUUUGUCUAAGCCUAAAGUAUGGAUAUUGGAGGAAUUCACUAAACAGUAAAUUGUGGAGAGUUGGAAACCCAAUUUUCUAAAUACAAAUAUUUUAAACAUUUCUAGAAGGCUUCUUAUCAAAUAUUAGAAUUGUCACUUCGCCAAGUGAAUUUAAAAUUUCAGGCCAAAAUAGUUGAGUCGGAACAGAUUGUGCCAAUUCUGCUGUGUUUUUGACUUCAGCUUUUUUUUUUUUUAUAAAUAAUUAAAAAAAAACCAAAACAUACAAUCAUAGUUAUGUAACAUUAAAGGACCACUAUAGUGCCAGGAAAACGAGUAUGUAGUGCCCUGAGGGUGCCACCACCAAGUAACUUGAUUUUGAGUGGUUGUGUGGUACAUAGUGUCUCAAAUUUCGUGAGUUGUCUCGCUCAUUGGGGUAUUAAUUUCUUGGCUUGAGUGAAGUGUGACAGUGGAUUGUACUGUAUGUGUUGGAUUCCCGUGUGUCGUUGGGUUGGAAGGAGUUCUGAGAGUGUUUUCAGUCUCUCUUCGUGGGUCACAUCCUUCAGUUGUAUGUGUGCUUUUUCCUGCGGGGCAUGCAGUAGUUUGCCUUCAAGCCCAGGCUCGAAUGAAGUAUUGUAUGUUAUCGGGUAUAGUGGGGACGGGAAUUGGGAAAUAUCUGGGUGACUACUGUCCGUAUUGACUUCAGCUUUUUUAUGACUUUGUAUUCGCUAAUGUGAGAGAUGCACUGUACUAAGUACCUUUCCGUUUACUUUACAGCAGUGUAGUCCGAUAAAAUCUGAAUGGCCUUUCUAACCAAAGGAGACACAGAUUUAAGCACCAGACAUUUAAAAAAAAAAAAUACAUUCAGUUCAUUAUAAUUCUGUGAAAUUCGCACUCAACAUGAAUCUAAAAGCUUCUACAAUAAUUUAACUUGUGGUCAAAGUUUGAUACAUUAAUGUUUUUCAAUAUAAUGGCCUUUAAAAAAAUAAAAUAAAAAUAAAAUAUUGUAAUAGUUCAUUCUCUCCCUAAGUGUAUUAGCUAUAAAGUAACUAUGAGGUUUUCUUUUUUCAGCUAAUUGUGAAGUAUAGCUGUGUUUUUGUCAGUCUCGUACAUCCAUUGGCGUCCACCGAAUAAUGUGGUUGUUGCCCCUGUAACAGUGUCAGUCUGUUACGAGGCAUGCAGCCUCCGUGGGUCAUAGAAUGGUAGUUUUGUGAGCUGGCUGUAAUAUAGGGCCUGGGUGUUCCAGCAGCCUCUGGGUGGAUUGGCAACCUGGCCAUCUUAAAUUACCUUUUUCCCUUUCCUCUUUAGUCUCUGAGAGGGUUUUGUGCUCUCACAGACUGUGUAUUCAUGAUGGGGGUCAGACCAGGAGGGGCACGGGACACUGAAAUAACACACACAUAGUGUGGACAUUGCUUGGUGACUCACUGUGCUCUUGCGUUUGUGUGUCACAUAGUGUCUGUAAGGCAGCCUGUGUGUUCCACGUACAUACAGUGGUUAGUGUGUCAGUCUGUCAAUUUACUUUAAGCAUAAUUUGUGAAAAUCCUCUGGGUAUUUUAUCUGUGCCUGUCACAUAAGUAUAGCUCAUUGGUUUCUGUUAAUUUCACCGCAUGUCCAUUUGUAUUGUUGAUAUGUUGGGCAUUCAUUGGUGUUACGUCGUAAUAUGAAUAAAAAUAAAAUGUAAUCUAGAAUCAUUUGAAAAUAGUUAAAAGUACGUUUGUCGCGGUGCAAGUUCCCAGCUCAAUGUUUUAUUAUUAUUAUUAGUUUUAUUUAUAAUUCUAUCAACCAGAAAGGCUGAGAUGACCUUGUUGGGAAACAGACCUGUGCUUUUGAGAUACUGCUGUGGGUGCACUAACCACUCAGCCAUUUUACUGGCUUAAAUUGUUACUACCACAAGCAAAUAUUCUACCAAAUAUUUAGUCUGUGAAGUCCUAGGAUGGCAGCACACACGUAUGAUUCGGAGGAUGUUGGGUACCAAAAUCGACAAUCUGGACAUUUGCAAUUCCCUUGUUUGUUUGUCUGCAGUUUUAAAUUCAUGUUCCACGUUGUAUAGAAUGUCAAUCUGUCUCGUUGAUUUGCCUCGUUCACAUGCUCUUUGUGUUUCAGCAGUUUCUAUUUCGGGUUCGAGUUAAAUCCCUGUGUGUAUACAUGAGCUCUUUGUUUAUACAUUUCAUAUACUGUAUAGACAUUUUUUUCCUACUGAAUCUGGCUGAGUGCAUGUCUUUGUAUACCCACUUUGUCCAAGGAUCCAAAAAAAUAGAAAAAAAAACAUAAAUGAAAUUAAAUUACAAACAAACAAACAAGAAGCAUGACUUGAAAGUAUAAAUUGAAAAAGGCUGUCCGUAUCAGCCGAAAGGUUGUCAUGUUCUUCUUAUUCCAAUAAAACGUCUGCAGUAAGAUGCAAUCUCUGUGCCUGGACUCUUUCUGCAUUUGUAACAGAAGACUAACGGAAUUGUCCCAAAUGGAUACCUGCUGUUUGUGAUAAUGUGAUAAUCUCAUUGCUACAGAGAGAUCUAUUUGAAAAUAUCUCCAUGAAAUUGCAAUUCUAACUGAAUUUCCCAGCUACAGGGAGCAAACCGUUUUUAAAAAAACUACCCUUAAUGUAAAAGCCAGGUGUGGGAAUUAUUUAAGAGUGGGGUAUAUCCUUCGAGUGAGAAGUGAGAUUUAGGGUAGCAUUAAAGUGAUUUAAAAUUGUGCGACUUUGGGUUUGUCGUAUUUUAUUGGUCCGUAUGGUCAGUAAAGCUAAUAAAUUGCAGCCGCAUAGAAGAGAAAAAUUGGUUAAAAAAAAUGGCUAAAUUUGACUGCAUUCUCUGUCGGGUACUGUAUGCUGUCUUUGGGUAAGUAGUUUUUGGUUUUACUUGAUUGAUUGUAUAAUGCUUGCCAUUCGGCGUUUAGACCCCUCAUUGUUGGAAAUACACAAAAUAAAAUGAACUAACGUAAGUAACCAGGAUAUUUUUUCAAUGCAUACAUUUUGGCCUUUGAGUUGAAAUUUACCUGAAAUUCCUGACAAUUGAACACUGUGAAUUAUUCUCUUAGGUAAGUUCAAAGUGAAUUCAAAUGGAAUUUUAAAUUUAAGGCUGAUAUAACUGAACUGGAAAACGUAUUUAACUACGUAAUUCUUCCCAUUCAACGACUUUCGCCCUCAAUUUAAAAUACACUUUGAAUUCUCACUUCAGUGAGCAACCCCUUCUUUCUUGUCACUAAAAAUUUGUAUUACUAUAACCGAGUAUUCUCAUGUUCGAACUCAAACGUAGUUUUAAAUGUACUGGUUUAACAAUUAAUUUACUAUCUGUGUUUAGCUGACAUUGAAGAAAAUUCAAGAGGAAAUUUUGACCGAGUUGUAAACCUUUUCCAAAUUCGUAGAAUUUGCCUAAAAUUUCCAAUUUUCCACAAUUCCUAGGUUAGUAAGACUGAAUGACUGAUCUGCAGCUUUUUAGUUACUUAAAAAAAUAAUCAUUCAUGAAAGACAAAUAGUCACUAGACAAUUUCCGUAAAUGCGAAGGGCAUGAAGUCUCCUUAGAACGUUUUAUUGGUUUUAAUUUGGGUUUUAUUGAGUCAUAAUAUUACCGGUUACCUUAAUUUAGUCAACAGAUUCCAUAAAUCUCUCUGGAAGGAAGCAACGCCUAGAACGUGUCUAAAUUAAAAAGAUGAAAUCAGACGGAAUGAAGUACCUUCUACUAACCCAUUAGCUGAUCUUUGCUUAAAUUAGUAAAGAUGUACGUUUUUAAAAUCAUGUAGAGUAGAUCAUUGGAAAUAUGAAACGUACUUAGACCAAAGGAAGCACACACUGUGUAUAGGGGCCCCUAUAGACCUAACAAAAUGAAAUAGCAUCAAAAUAUGCAGGAAAACAGGUUGCGCCUAGAUAAAACAACAAAGUAUAAGGAGCAGAUAAACCAGAAUAAAAUAUAAUGUAUAUAAACUAUAGUGAAUCAUGGGGUUUAUCUAUCUGUCUUAUAAAAUAAAUGGUGUUGAUCGACCCUGGUUAUUAUGAGUACGUCUUCUAAUUUAGUGUCACUCUUUUUGUCCGCAUUGAGUAAAAUGGGGCUCGUUUUGACCAGUAGUUGUUUUGACCACAUUGGCUUAUUUGGAGACUCAUCUCGGAGGUUUGUUUGGGAAGUUUUCUUUUUGUUUGUAGUUUGUAUUUAAUGCAUUAUUUAUUACGUGGUAUUUCUGUUCUAUAACAGGCUGAUCCUGUUUUCAUAUCUAGUUUUUCAUUUACGUAGGACAUCUCUGUAAAUAACAAGACUUACAAUCCCUCAAUCCACGAACCUCUGAUUGCAUGUUUGUCAGACUCCUGUCUCUCUACUUGUCUGCUCAGGCUGCUAGUACUGCACUUAUGAAAGAAGGACCACUGGGAUGCUCUGUUGGAGAAUGUGCUAAAAGUAGUCUAUGUUUAGCGGAUAAAAAAAGCAAGGAAUAGUGUGCGUCUUCCCUCAUACUGAAUCAGAGAGCUGGGACCCAUUCAUCACUGCCGUUGACGCAAUGUGGACAGUGGCAGACCCUGGCGUAUCAGGGCAGAGAGAGUUUGUGUCUAUGUAUGUGAAUACAAACUUCACAUGCAUACACAUUGUAAAAGUACAAUAUUGCAGGGCUACAUCAAGUCCUACAUAGCAGGCUUUAAAAGCUACUCAGCAAUGCAAGCCAGGAGCGUCCAUGUUACACUAAACAAGGGCUAAAUGUCUACUUGCCAGGGCUAAUAAGAGGGGAAAUCCCUGAUCUUGUCACUGUACGGUACAGUGUAUUUUGGGAGGAACGCAUUGAAAAACAUUUUUUUUCAUAUUUGUAUUUUAUUAGCAUUAAUACAUUUAGCUUUUCCAUUAUCUGAAUAUCACAGAAUAGACAUCAAAAUACUGGGUAUGGGUGUAGUUCAGCAAGUAACACGCUCAACUCGCUCAGAACGGUGUUUCAUAACUCAUCAGAUGCUUACCUAUGGCAACGGGUGACUAGAGAGAUUGAAUGGCUCUGAUGCCGAGGUCCCUUUAAGGCCUGAAGGACAGCCUAUGGAUUGUUCCCUCAGACAGUCUUAUGUUAGAUCUCAAGUUGCCCUCUCUGGGCUCAGUGGCCUCAGGUGAUGCCUUCUUUUGGACUGCUGUUUUUCCGCCCUGGUCAGGGUUGGCAGGUCUAAAGCCCUGAAGAAUGGUUCUGUAUCUUCGCUGGAUGUAAGGGUAAGCGUCUCCUUCCCACGGGGAACUAUCAGGUAUCCAUCCGCUCCCAAGCGUUAUCUAAUGGACAGGUCAUGGAGUCUCUUGGCUUCUCCAGGAGAACUGAGAAUGGGAGAUCACUGUAUAGUGUUUCAGUGUACCCCUCGAAGUGCACUGUGCCUAUGUCUCUGGAAUGGUUUAGAAUGGCAGACCUUGCCAUAAUGUCUCUGGUGACUGUAAUGAUGUCUCUGGAGACCCCUAAUGAUUCUAUAGCCGACUUGCGGACACGGAAUGUCGAGAUGACAUGGAGUGUCUGAACUCCCUGUGGGGCCCAUUGAGGCAAUCAGCCUCUGUACAAAUGGGAGCAAUUCCACCCCUCCAACCUCUUUGGGUAUGUCCCUUAUGCGUAUAUUCCGGCAGUGGUGUCUAGCUUCCAAGGAGACCACCGUUUGUUUCAGCUGCUGGAUCUGGCUAGAAAGCUCUGCCAGCUGUCCCUUAGUCUCCCCUAGCUGGGCAUCAUUCAGGGUCUCCCUCUCCUGUAAUGGCUGUACCGUCCUCUGAACCUUCCCUAUCUCUACUUAAGCCUGCUGGAGAUCUGCCUUCCACACCUGCUGCAAAUCAGUUAGGUGCCUCUUGAUGUCACCCUUUGUGGACGGUGAGGAGUCAUCAUCUGAUUCGGAGCAUUGGUAAACUCCGCCUGGGCGAGGUGAGUCAGGGAGCUCCUCAUCCUUAUUUAAGUCCUCCGAGGCCUCCGGCCUGCACUGGGCCUCAGGCGCCAUCUUGGUGAGUGUCAGCCUUUUGAAUGAGAGCCUGAUAUCGGGCAGUUAGUGUGUCUCCGGGAGCUGGUUCCGUUUAUUUUUUUGCCCCAUAGCGUCGGCUGGUGGAGGGGUGCUAAGUAGCCUUCAAAAAGGUGAGUUUACUCGGUUUUAGUGUUUUUUUUUUUUUUUUUUAUCAGGGCUGUAUCAGAGCCCAACAGCAUUGCAUCUGUUUGAUGUCUCAGCCGGCCACGCCUGGCAUUGUAAACUUUUUAAGAUUUAUGGAGAAAUCAAGAACUGCUCAACUGCCUCCAAAUCUCUCUCUCACACACACGCACACUGGCACACACAUACAGACACACACACACACACAUAUACAUCCAGACAUACAUACUGACAGACACAUACUGGCAUAUAUACAUACAUACUGACACAUACAUACAUACUGGCAUACACAUACAUACAGACAUACAUCCAUACACAUACUGACAUACAUACAUACAUACAUACAUACACACACACAUACUGGUUGACAUACAUACAUGCAUACAUACAUACAUGCAUACAUAAACAUAUACACACACACACAAUUAACUUUUCAGCCACACUCCUCUUCCUUACCUUUGCAUUGCAGGAGGGUGGCUGGGGAUGAUGGGCAACGGCUGCCUCGCCUCUCGACCUUCAGGCUGUCUCUCCUUCCCGCGCGGAGUAAGCUGGGAGGAAGUCCCAGCAGCAAUUGCGUUACAGCCGUAUUUUUUAUUUAUUUUUUUUAAGGGGCCCGGUCGCUCUAUUACAUCGUGGACCGCGUCCCUGAAGAUAAUAGGACACAUUGGGUGGCCCUAAAUGCUUUCUCACUUCCUCUGUAUGCUGUCUGUCAGAUACAAUCAUUUCAGUUACAUUUUUAUGGUACCCAGGGUGUUUCUUGCAACAUAGAGGAUACGUAAAAUUAAUAUAAAAAAUUCCCAGAAAUGACCAUAUUCCUUUUGUUUUAAAUGUGUUUACAAAAAAUAAAGACAUCCUUAUAUUUACUCUAUAUUUACUAGUUCUGAUUAAAUUUGACAUUGAAUAUAAAUUCACCACAACUUACUGCGUAGAAAUAAUUUGGGAAUUGAACGUUUUUGACCAAAAUAUAUGUGCUGGAAAACCUGUAUGAAAUGGAGACCAUUCAGUUAGUCUGCACUAAAUAAGAAAAUUCUCCUUUAAUUUUUUUUUUUUGUGUCCUAUUUCUCAGUUCAAUAAAUAAACCCCAAUAUGUUUCUUCUUAGCCAGUUUACCAAUGCCAUUUACUGGAAGGGGCUGGGUCACAUUACUGACGAGUAGUGCAGAGGUCGAGAUGUUCUGCUUUUGAACAGAUACCACAAAUGUAGCUUUGAGGAUGUGUUUGUGGUAAAGAUAGCUUCUCCAUGUAACACAGAUGCCAGAAAAUAAAUAUUUCUGCAUUGUUAUCUGUUUCAUGCACCAGUAUAUCUUUUUGUGUUUCCACAAGUUCCUAGCAAAGGGAUAUUCAUUUUCAAAAGAGGAGAAAAAAAUUGCAAAUUUUUGAAUGCAGUGAAAUCUAUCCCAUCCCUACGCUAUGCACAGUACAGAAGAUACGCAGUAUUGUUGCCCACAGCUAUCCGUGUUAGAUAUGCUUGUAGGACCUGUUUUAUCACAGAUUUCACAACAGCACAGGAUUCUGGGAAGACUCAUGCAAAUGAUUUUCUUAAAGAGAAACUGUCCCUUCUCUCAUAGUGACAGUGUGUCAAUCCCUCGCCCCAGGAAACAGUAUUGAAACAUUUACACGGAUGAGGAGUGAAGCGGAGGGAAGUACAGAACAUACUUAUCUGCACAGCACCUCUAGAUGUUAGUGAUGCCAUUAUUCAUUGUUCCGUGAUUGUGCGGACAUUCUCUCAUUAGCGCGCUGGGAUUUGACACCAUUCACAUUUCAGGACAACCGUGUGUACCCAUACAGUAGACAGACAAAUUAUGGAACACUGUUGCCAUAUAUUCCCACUGCACACGCGCCCUGCCAUCUUGAACAAAAACCAUCCUUUUUGAGCACCAAUUUUAGAAAUACAAAGCUGUAUUCUUAAAACUAGUGUCCCUCUGUACUCCCCCUUCAUCCCAUGGCAAUGAAAGGGUUAAAAAAAAAACCCAAACAUUUAAAACAUUGACCUGAUUCCUGCACCUCUGCGCCACUCUCUCACCCUCUUCCAACGAAGAGGAACCUGAUGCACAUGCGCGUCAAACACAGCGCGUGUAUUAGGCCUUCCCCAUAAGAAAUCAUUGCCUUAAUGCUUUCCUAUGGAAACUUGCAAGAGGCUGGAUGUCUUCAUGCAGAGCAUGAGGAAGUCCAUAGUUGUUCCACGGCGUUAAACUUAAAAGCGCCUUGCUGUUAGCGGUAAAUGUAAACAUUGCAGAUUCUCUAGAACUGUAAUGUAUUAAGUUGCAAGGUUUAAUGGUAUAGAGACUCCGCACGCAGAUAACUUGAAUGAGAUGAAUUGGUCUGGGUGCCUGUAGUGUCCCUUCCAAGCAGCACCACUACUUUCUUUGCAAAACCCGAAAAGAUGCUUAUAUGGUAGUGGCUGGGAGGGAAGUAACGAUUAUUAUUGGCGUUUCUAUAGCACCAACAUGUUCUGCUGCGUUUUACAGUUUUUAAAUGGGGAUUUUUGAAAAACAAGUAAUUGAUAAAAAAUAUUAACACAGACAGCAGUGGAAGAAGGCUUUGCUCAAAAAAGCUUGCAAUCAAUGAACGAGCUUAGUUAGAGAAAUAUACUUAGUAACUUAGUUCCUCCGUCUUGCCAUCAAGACUUAUUCACUAUAGAGUGAUUUUUAAAAAAAAUUACUUUUUUUUAUAAUUAAUUUUUUUAAUACAGAGUGAAUUCGAAGCUAAUAAGGGUGGAAAAAACAGUGUACCAGUGUAACUCAAAACAUUGGCCUUGGAUGUGUUUUCUAAUCUAGCUAUUUCGGGCUAAAUUUUUUAAUUCACAGAAACAACACUUCAGUAAACAACCGAGACAGAGGUUAACUCUGAUUAUAUACUUUCUCAUGUUUCCUGCAUUUCCAAAAUAAAAUUUGUUGGGAUGUUUUUGUUAUUUUGUUUCUAUUGCAUUGUACAGUGUUGGCUCUUGGGCCUAGUAGUGGUACUUUAAAUCCCUGCUUGUAUCCCUUCCCCCCACGCCUCCUAAAGCCUUAAUAUCACACUUGUGUAUGUAUUGUUGCCACGGCUGGCUGUGUUUGUGCGGACAGUGUGUGUGAGUAACUCUGGCUGUCUGCCAAUGGGAAGGGGAGGCAUGGAAGGCACAGUCAGAGGGGUUUACAAUUGAGAGACUGGCGGGGGCUGGGCAAAUACCUGCUUAUUGCAGCUUUUAUCUGCACCUAGUACACUGCAUAACUCCCAUACUUGUUCUCUCUCAGCAGGAAAUUCAUGUGUUCAAGUACACAAAAUGUGCAAAUGUUUGUAUGUGCAAACAAUGUGUGGAUGUGCCUGUGCAUACUUACCAGAACACACUUUUUAGUUAGAAUGUUGUUUCUUUUCCUGUGCACUCCCCCUCUUCCCCCCAUAUUUUUUUUCUUACACUGCUGAAGAAAUAGACAGUCUAAAAUAUCCGUGGUAUGCACAUAAUAUAAACUCUAUAAUUGUGAAAAAAAAAUAUAUAUAUUUUUUUAAAUCGGAUGCUAUAAAAAAAAAAAACUCCCAUCAAGUGUCAUUACUGAUAAAAUAAAUAUAUAUAUAUAUAUAUAUAUAUAUAUAUAUAUAUGGAGCAAAACACUUUAUUUCAGAUCCAUCUUCAGAUUUAUGUCCAAAAUAUCAAAUCGUUAAGAGGUUCUGCUUUACUACUUAAGGCACUUCAAUACAGAAUGUGCUUGUUUCUGUGUGAGAGGUGCACCUGUGGAUACUUUCUCCACAAGUCACGUCAAGCGUGAAAAAAAUAAAACCUUUUCUGCUUUUCGUUUACAAAAACAGCAGAUCUUUGAAGCUAGAAGACAAAAUAUGGGGUAAUGGAUUUAAACUAAAAAAAAAAAAAAUGUAUAAAGAGAUUUUUAAAAAAAGUCUGAAUGUUUGUUUUUCUUUAAAGUGGUACUCAAACAAGCGGGUACUACUUAUAAUUUUUGCAGAGUAAAUGUGGAGGCAUAAUUUGAAGAAUAUUCAAGCCGUUUCUGUUUGUUUUUUGAUUCUCCCUAUAAUUAAAGGGAUACUCCAACUCGUAGUCCGACUGGCACAUUUUUAUAGCAUCAAAUAUUUUCUUCUGGGGGCGAAACAGGAAAUUUCUAAAAAUGCCAAUUUCAACACAAAAUACAGAGGUAGCGGCAAGGCAUUAAUACCUCCUUAGUCUUCAUACGAAUUAUUAGACUUGAUCUGUUUUAAAUUGAAAUUUGGACUUUGCAUUAUUUGUUAAUGCAAUGCUUUUUCUUGCUGACAGCUGCCUCAAUAGCUAGGACCGUUGAUGUCAUUUCAUUUGUAGAAAUGCGUAGCAAAUCAGUCUACAUCUUCCAAGCCAACUGUUUAAUGUUCGCUACUAUUUUAAAUAAUUAAAUAUUGCAUUUCCCUGCUGUUUAGGCACAGCGCACAAAAGAGAUUUUUGUCCCAUGAUUUUUCCUGUUCCUAAAUAUUUACCAUGAUAAUAUUUUGGCAUGUAGUUAUGAUCGUGGCUAGGGGUUAAUUGGAAGUUUAGACCUGUGAUAUUUUAGGCUUAAAGGUUUUAAAAUUCUAGAAUGAAAAUUAAUUUAAACAAAAAUAAAAUACGGUCAUUGCUGAAGUUAUGAAUGUCGCAUUGAGAACCUUCUAUUUGAAUCUAAGUUAUCAUUGAGGAGUCCUGCAUCCUAUACAUUAAACAUACUGCAGGGCAGCACUUUUAAUGUAAACAUGGUAGUUAUGGCAUUUUAUAUGCUUUUAUGGUUUAGCCUGCUCAGUUUAAAGCAUAGAUUGGAAAUCUGUCAGAAAACGCUGUGUUUUACACUGCAACUCCCAUUAUCUUCAGCUGGAUGUGGCCUGUUGGGACUUAUACACCAAAUGAUCAGAUCAGGUUUUGGGACAGUUGUUUUCAAUAACUAAUUUACAGCCAGGGCUGUAUGUUCAGUUCAUGAAUGUUAACCCAGCGUCAAAACAGUUACCACAGCCUUGGCAUGUGAGGGCAUGAAACGGGCAGCAUGUAACGGAGCCAAGAUCAGACGGCACAUUCCAAUUCUACCCUCCUACUCGGACACAGCAGCUGGUAUUUAGCUGAGUGUCUGAGGGAGAAUGGGAGGGGGUGGUUAUUGUCCCAAGAGUUCGCACCCUGAGGCUUUGCUGCCUCCCCUUGUCCAGAGGAGGUGGAAAGAAGGUGGCAGUAGGGGUGGGGGCCUGCUUGCAUACCUGACAUUCCUUUCCUCCCUGUGCUCUAUUCUCCCAUGUCAUUAACUUGUUGGAUAUUUUACUCAGUCAUCCCUUCUAUCGCAUUUAUCACAUCUCCCCCUCUGCUGCCUAAUCUCCAGCAUGUGAUACUAUGACUACCAGGGGCAUAGUUUGGGCCUCUAGUGUCUAAUGACCCCUGCUUUGGUCAGAUAUAAUCUUCUCUGACUUAGAGCCCUUUUGAAGCCCUGGUUACUCCACCCGUGAACGUUAGUCCUCUACAGUUUUGCGUUGGUGCACGCUCCUUGGUACUGCGCUGUGUCAGACACAAUGCGCAAUUAAUUGAGGACCAGUUUAGACACAUCUGAGCAAAAUGAGAUGAAGGCUUGCGCUUCAAAGGGCCCAUCACAAUGAAACAUACAGCUAUGUAACAAAAUACUGGCCAAUUUAAUCUGUGCAACAAAAUUGCAGUGCAGACACAAAGCCACACUUUGAACGCUCCUAGCAGAAUUACUCACCAAAGUGUGAAUCCAUAGUUAAAUUAAAGUUUUAGGACUAAAUAUCUUGAAUGUCACAUUCUCCAAGUCAGGUUUUUUUUUCAGUUUUCCCAUUUUGCCCUAAAAUUUGAAAGUCCCUUAAAAUUCCUAAAAGAUUCAGGUUUCAAUAAAUAACUGUGAAAUUUUAACACUCUGUACAUUUUGCAUGUGCCAUGAGGUGGCGCUUCCCUAUGUACUGUCAGGGUAAUUCAUUAAAGUGUGAAUUGUCUGAUAUUCAGGGAGUUUAAAUUUUACGCCAAAAUGUCUGAAUUGGAAAAGUCAUCUUUGUCUCCAGUUAAGCUAUUUGUACUUAAAAUGUAAAAUUUACGUUGGGUUCCUGACGAUCUACAGCUUAUUGAAUCCUCUGCAGGGGUAGGCAAUCGAUCUGGCACUCCAUAUGCUGGGGACAACAACUCCUAUAAUGCUGACAAAGCAUCAAGAAAUCCGUAGUCUACAACAUCUGGAGUGCCGAAGGUUGCCUACCACUGCACCUAGUCAAUAUAUACCUUUUUAAAAUUCUAUUCUUGAUCUAUUUCAUGAUAUAAUUUAACAUAUUCUAAUUCUCUCUUCAGGUCUCUGCAAGGUUAACCUCUGCCAGACAGACAACAUGGACCCAGAAGAUGGACAUUCUGGGGUGAGUUAUGUCCACACAAAGAGUAAUAGACAGACCAUUACAUGAAUUGACCCAUCAAUUAGGAAUCCCUUCCACUCGAUGCACUCAGUGGCACAAGCACUUCAAUUAUUUAUAGAACAUUCCAUUCAGAAUUCAGGCUUAAUCUUUAUUUAUCAGAUUUCCCAAAGAGAGUGGAUAGUUCUCUCUUCUAGCUUUUAUUAAAAAAAAAGUUAUUAAAUGUUCAUGCAGUAAAUUGGAGACUGUUACAAACGGCAAUACACAGUUUGCUUGAUUUGUGUUUUUAUAUGUAAUUAUGUAAUAUCGGAGUGUUAUUUAUGAAAAUAUUCCAUGGAGCUAUAAAAGAAGAGUUGCAGUCUAGAGAUGACAGUUUAGCCUGGAUCUUGCAAAAAGCUAUGUUUCAGUAUUCCUGAUGAGUUCCAAGAUCCUGGUAAAUGACUUGUUGGUUCACCAGGAAAAGCUACAAAGAAGUCCUUUGUGACUAAUCAGUGAGGUAAUCUAUGCUUAUUCUACCAAAGGGGGCUGUGCGACCACAUUUAGACAAACACUACAUUUAUAUGUUCCUGGUGUAUAGUUAGGCCUAACUUUGUGGCUUGGGCACCAAUCCAGAAACACAAAAAAAGGAGUAGCAGAUAUUUAUGACCGUUCCAGAGAAUAUACUUAGUCUAAAUCUAAACGAAACCUCUGAAAUGUUCAACUUUAUAUAUCCAACUUAUCGUCAUUGCUGUCCUAAGUAAGACGUAAAACCUUAGGGACAAAUAGGCCAUUCUGAGGAGGCAAACUCACCCAAGGAAUUGCAGAUGUUAUUACAAUGUUGACCUGUUGAUGAAAGAACAGAUUAACCGUCUCGGAUCCUACAGUGUAGCAUGAUAUUUGAGGUUCUUCAACUUUUGUGGUUGCCUUGAAACCAUGACUUCUAUACAGGGAUGUAUUAUAUUGCUUCUCAGUACAGCUUCUAUAUCUUUACUACCAUAGCCUGCAAACAUGGAAACCUUGAACAAGCUUUUGAAAUAAGUCAUUAUCUUAACCUGGUAGUUUUGUUCAUCAUGAAUUGUCCAUCACGUCAACGAAUAAAAUUGUUCCCUUAUCUGCUGCUGGCACAGAAUCCUUGAUAAUCGCAAAAGAACAAAGUCGUUUUGGGAUUUCCAGUGAUCUGCAUCAUAUUUACUUGCCUCGGAUCGGCGAUACAAACUUCAGUUGGAGAUGAGGGAGAAAGUACUGAUGGAUUUAUCAGGAAUGAUCUACAACAGGAGACAACUAUCAGAUGUUUAGUUCAUCAAAGACUGGAGAUCAACCGGCCUACUUGAAUGGAUUACCCUGGUCAACAAGAACACUCAAAUUGAGUGUUUUCUUGUUUGUUUGACUUUUUAAAUGCUUUGGAUAUUUUGGGCAAGUUCAUAAUGAGAUAAGUGCAGAAGAUUGGGAUAUUAUUAUCUUAUGAAAAAUCUUUGUAACACAAAUCCUUAUAAAGGCCCCGGGACUAGUAUUUUAAAAAAAAAAAAAUUUUUAUGGCCACCAAUACAGCACUGCAAGCCAUCUGCUUAUCGAAAUAAUCAACAAUAGGAUUAUAAUCUCAAUAGAAUCAUCUCAAUAAAAGUAUCAAUUACUGCUUGUGAGUUAGCUGACUUUGGGCUAUUGUUCCCGUCACCCACUAGCUUGAAAUAAUGUACGCGUGAGCACUCUGCAGCUUGGCAGACUGAACUUCUCCAGAUUUCAAGUAUAUAUGAAAGUUUGCUGUGUUUAUCUGAAAGAUUGGAAUGAAACCGGAAGUUCUAAAGGUAAUUAGAUAAAGUUGCAGAGGCGUUAUUAACAUAGAACUCAACUUCAUGUGGUAUUAAGGAAAAAGAAGAACAAAGAUACUUUGGGCCUCGUAAUGUUUAAAACGUGCAAUGAGAAAUGUAAUGGUGAUGCAGGUCCUGUAGAAUAGGUGGUCUUUGCUUUGGGUUAGGAUAGGGUGGAGGUGCCUUUUGAGAGUCUUGUAGAGCUAUGGCUAUUUGUUUAGUAAUAGAGUUCUCUUCCUUUAAAGUUUUGUGUUAAAGAAAUAUGAACCUGGUGAAGCAAAGGAAGCCUACAGUGUCUUUUACAUGUCUUGCAUCUUCAAAAAUUAGAUAAAGAACCAGGCUGACAAUGUUUUUCCUGAAUACAGCAAAAAAUAUUGGACUGUGUAGUACACUCCAAAAACACUGUCCUCUGAUAAAUAUUUUUAAAAAUGUAAUGAUAGAGUUACAGGAUUCAUGGCAGUGCAAGGGGACAUGGCCAGGACUAAUUUUAAAAACGAAAACUUACAGGUCCUUCAUUAUAGGCCUCUCCUACAGAGCGCUGUGUUUGCUCUUUCAGACAGUCUAGUAAUACACGCUUUGCUUAAAAUUUUUUGUAAAACGUUCCUUGCCUUUUAAGAAAUGCAUUUUAUAGUUCAAAAAUUCCAAAUUCUAAACGAUGUUCUAUAUAAACGCAAGAAUACGGAAUUGGAUGAAGCUCUUCCACGUUAUGCGUUGUUUUGUGUUUUUUUGCCUAUGUUUUUAAUUUUGACAAUUCUGAGGGCAGUGCCCAGUGAUUCACUUUGUAUGAAGCUACUCAAGCGAAGUACACUUUUAUUUCAUCUGCAAAAUUGUAAGGAAAACUUUAAUUUGGGAAAACUAUAUUAUUUUUUUUCUCUCUCUGCUGGAAAGGUAGCAUAUUGGUUACAGAAGUCAAGAGGUGACAUGCAAGGGUUACAUUUUAAGAUUUGCUGUCUACAAGAAAUAUUAGCUAAAAAAUAUUAUUUUGGUCAAUCCCAGCAGAAUAGCUUAAUAGGAAAAAUAAGCACUCAAAGCAGUAUCUUUCUGACCAAAUGGUAUAAUUACAAAUAAGGUGUGUACUUGCACAUUUUUUAAAGAUCUGUAUUUCCCUGUUGCAUACACAGAAGUACAAUAAACAAAAUGAAUCCAGAAAUUGCAAAAAAAUAAAAGAAAUGCAAAAAUAGUCUGGGGGUAUUUGUAACCUUUAAAGAAAGAGUAAUCUAGUGGCGGAUCCUCCAAGGGAGACGAUUUAUGUCAAGUACUGAGAACUUGAUGAGAAAAUGAAGAUUUAAUAGUUGUUUUAUUUGCAACUUCAGCCACCUCAUUAAUUUAAAGGGACACGUCAGCUGAACUUAGACAUCCACCCCCCCCUUUUUUUAUUUCAUUAUGUAAAUAAUAUAUUCAAAAUUCCUCCAAAUUAAAAAUGAAAGAAAAAAAAUAUAUUUAUUAUUCAUUUGCUGCAAAUAUAAAAUAUCUUCAGGAAUCAAGAAAUGUCAAUGUUUUCUGAUUUUUGUUUUUAGCGUUUCGUCAAUCUGAUUUGUUCCCCUCCAAAUCUGAACAGAUACUGUAAAGCCUACACAGUUUGGAUUAAUAUAAAGUGUAUUUGUAAUUCGGAAAAUAUGAAAAUACUAAAAUGAAGCUACUAUGCAGCUAGUAGGAAUUUGUGAUGAGUCUUAGGCAAAUUAACUUAAAUUAAAAACCAUAUAUUUUUUGGUCAUUCACAGUUCCCUAUGGGGCAUAACUAAUAUGCCAUCUCCCCCCUCUUAAAACCUGUAAUGAGCUUUAAAACCUACCUGCCAUCCAGCACCAGGCGAAGCUACCAUUGCUGAUCUCCAAUCCCUGUCCGACGACAUCUCUGCACUUGCGCAGUCCAAUCACCGGCCUUUCUUAGAGAAGUCUGUAAUUGGACUGUUUCACCGGCUCAGAGUGUAUGCAUGCACACUGAGCCGGCAAGGAGAGGGGUGUUUGAUGAAAUUUUAAAUAAAAGAAAACAACAACAAAAAACCCUUCCUUAAUGGGGGAAGCGGGAAGGGCCACACAGUGGGAGGGAAGGAAGGAGGGGAUAACCAGCUUCUGUUGCCAGAAUUGACAUAUUGCAGUCCGGAACAGCGUUUCAGGCUGCCAAAGUCACGUGUGCGUAAGUGCAAAUAUUUCUGGAUAUGCACUGGAGUAUUUCAUGCAAAAGCACUGCACAUCCAGUCUCGUACCACCAUGACCACCUCAAAUCACUGAAGUGGUCAUGGUGGUUGAUGUAAUCCUUUAAUAAGGAUGUCUGCACCAUACACAUGCUGUCCGUACAUACAGUACAAGUACUUGUAUGGUCGGAGGGAGGAAGUGAGGUAGUAUUGAAUCCUCCUCCUGAUAUUCAAAAAGGGAGAAUGGGGAUUUUAGCAUCAGGAGACCAGGUAAUGUCGUUAAAAAAGUAUAGAUUAAUUGAAGGUACACUUUGAAGGUACAUUUAAAAGUGUGUUCACUAGUUGAUAUAAUGUGUGCCUUCCUAUACUAUAUAUUUGAUGAAAGAUAUGUGUAUCUUAAGCUGUGUAAAAACAUUCACAUCAAAUGUCAGAAAUGUUACACUUUAAUAUUGAAACCAGGAAGUCCAUAUAGUGAGGCUCUUUCACAAUUUCCAUGCUUGGUAGAAAAAGUCUCAUAUGCAGUUAGCACUUAGCAUUUCCAAUGUCCUGGCUAAGAGAAGGAAUACAAAUGUAUCAGGCUUGCAGCUAUUGCAUUAAAUUAGAUUGUCCACUUUCAAUAACCUUGUUAAUGAAGUAGCUCUGUAGCUGCAUGCUCUAACUGAGGCACCUUUUAAAACCCUAGGGACACUGGUCUGAAUCGCAGCAAAGCCAAUUCAGCCAUUAAUCUUUCCAUGGCGAUGAAAUAAGUAACAUUAAAUUAGGUAAUGGUAAGCACCGUCCUUGGCUAUGAGAGAGAAUUUGCUGUCCUUUUUAUCAUGUGAGAAGACAGUAGUAUCAGAUUAAAGUGAUCUGCGAUUGCAGAUCCGUUAUAUCGCACCCUUUUUAUUCCAUUAAAACGUGCCCUGAAUCAGGCUGAAUUUCUUUCAAUUCAGUACAAAAAUAAACUUCAAUUUUAAUCACAGCUUAUAGUUGUGUUUUAGUGUAUGUGCUUAUCAGUGUUUGGUCCUAUCCGCUAAGCUCAGCAGACGUACAUAUAGCGUGAAUAUGAUCUAAAAAAUCAUGGGUCCAGUUUUGCCCCGUUUGUACGCAUGCAUUGGAACGUUCCCUAGUGUAAUCCAUUUUGUUCCAAAUUUUAUUAUGUACUCAUUUUAUUAUUGUUAUUAAUAGGCUGCUGGAUAUGAACUACCAUUUAUUUUAUUUAUAUAUUGUUUAAUAGAAAAACUCUGUAAAAAAACAACAACAAACAACUCCCAAGGAAGGAAAUUGCCUUAAUAACCUACCAAAAUGUGAUGCAAAAUGUUGAGUUAGAACAAAUAGUACUUGAAUUACAAUUUUAUUUUAGUACAUACAUUACAUUUCCUAGAUUAAUAAUGUAUGUAUUUAUUUUUGUGAAUGCAUCUGGUGUACUUUUUUUUGUUGUUGAAAUUUGGAAAGCAGGAAAUGGCAAACAAUUUAAAUGACGGCCCAGAAUUCCCCUGACUUAAUGAGUUUUACAGCAGUCUGUCAAAAAUCUAUUAAAAUUAUCUCAAACUGUCCUCUUACAAAAUGCCUGAUACAGCAUAGAGACUGGGAGGAUUUAUUUAUUUAGAUUUAUUUUAGGACAUGGGCAUAUGCCAAAAGCAACUUUUGUUCAAAUUCAACAUCACUAUCAAAUUUUUCAAGAUUUGCAGCAAAUAAAUGGCAACCUCUCACUCUUACGUUUUAGGAAAUACCAUACUUCCCCCUACCCAUACAAAAUGCCGUGUAUGCAUGCAUGGCCUGUACUUGUUGUAUACGUUCUAAAUGAAUGUAUAGGCUCUCCUGUAGAGCUGUCUGCAUCUGUUAGCUUGAAAAAACCCAAAAACAAAUAAAAGUUGUUUCAUUCAGGUCUUUUCAUGAAUUAAGUUUCUUGUGACUGCCGAUGAGUCACAUAGCCCAUAUAACUACAGGGCAGAGUUUCACAGGUUAACAGCGUAUAUGACACUCCGUCCCCCUGCAAAUAUGCAGAUACAGCAGCGUUUUAUUAAUUUAUUUGCAUUUAUUGAAAAAGAAUAUCAGUCCCAACUGUGUGUAUAUGUAUGUAUGUAUGUAUGUAUUUGUGUAUAUAUAUAUGUAUGUGUGUAUAUAUAUAUAUAUAUAUAUAUAUAUAUAUAUAUAAGAAAAUUGCAGGUGCACUCAUAGGUCUUGUAUGAAGGUGAUUCUUUUAUUUUCGUAACAUACAAAUGAAAUCUGUCCCAAUCAACGUUUCAACCCCUGUAGGGUCUUUUUCAAGAUCUUUUCAUCUUGAAAAAAGAUCCUACAGGGGUCGGAACGUUGAUGGGGACAGAUUUAAUUUGUAUGUUAAGAAAAUUAAAAAAUCACCUUCAUACAAGACCUAUGAGUGCACCUGCAAUUUUCUUCAUUAUAUAUUUGCACGCUCAGGUUGCACCAAGGCAAGAAAACUGCUAAAUAUUGGCAAAGCGGUGAGUGCUGAGUAUUUAAAUAAUAAUAAUAAUAUAUAUUCAGGAGACUUUUAGGUGAGGUGGAUGAAACGUAAAAGGCCUAAAGUAAUCUCCUGUCAUUUAAUUUGCAUAUACUAUUUGCCAAGAUAAACAUUUUGUUUGUUACCAAAUCAUUUCACCCUUACUCUGAUUUUGUGCUAUGAAACAGCCUGAAAAACCAAUUAGUUUCUUCAUCACGAGCUUGACAUUUUUCUUAAGAAGGGCGUCCAUAAUACACUGCCAAAAGAAUCAAGUAGAACACAGCGCCACAAUAAUUGUAGAUUCAUUGAAAACAAAUUCAGUGAGAGAAAUGAUUACGAUUCCACACUGGAGAACAAAUCCGUAUUGUGUCCAUAAUACACAGCUGUCUGCUUCAGAGAGCCAGGCCUGUUCCAGCCUAGUAGGCCCCAGGCCUUUCUCGAUCUGGCUGGGAAGUCCAUUUUUAAAGGUAUUUUGAGGAAAUUGACAUUUGGAGCAAGUGAAUUUUUUUUAUUUUGCUGCCAUUACGAACUUCAUUUGAACACUGUUCGUCAUGUGUGUUAAUAUUUGUAACAUAUAGCAUAUUCCUGAUGAUUGGAACUGAAAGUCCUAUAAUUCACAGCCAACCAAAAGACUGCAACAUCCUGUCCUGGCGUUAAUUUGUUGUUUUUCUAAAGCCUGCCCACACCUUGUUUUCAGCAUAAUUUAAAGGGACACUAUAGUCACCUGAACAACUUUAGCUUAAUGAAGCAGUUUUGGUGUAUAGAACAUGCCCCUGCAGGCCCACUGCUCAAUCUUCUGCCAUUUAGGAGUUAAAUCCCUUUGUUUAUGAACCCUAGUCACACCUCCCUGCAUGUGACUUGCACAGCCUUCCAUAAACACUUCCUGAAAAGAGAGCACUAUUUAGGCUUUCUUUAUUGCAAGUUCUGUUUAAUUAAGAUUUUCUUAUGCCCUGCUAUGUUAACAGCUUGCUAGACCCUGCAAGAGCCUCCUGUAUGUGAUUAAAGUUCAAUUUAGAGAUUGAGAUACAAUUAUUUAAAGGACCACUCUAGGCACCCAGACCAAUUCAGCUAAUGAAGUGGUCUGGGUGCCAGGUCCCUCUAGGAUUAACCCUUUUUUUUUUAUAAACAUAGCAGUUUCACAGAAACUGCUAUGUUUAUAAUAGGGUUAAUCCAGCCUCUAAAGCCUCUAGUGGCUGUCUCAUUGGCAGCCGCUAGAGGCGCUUGCGUGAUUCUCACUGUGAAAAUCACAGUGAGAACACGCAAGCGUCCAUAGGAAAGCAGUGCGGCUCUUGCCGCGCAUGCACAUUUAGCCGAAAGGGAGGAGAGGAGGAGGAUCGGAGGCGGAGAGUCCCCGCCCGGCGCUGGAAAAAAAGGUAAGUUUUAACCCUUUCCUCUCCCCAGAGCCGGGCGGGAGGGGGACCCUGAGGGUGGGGGCACCCUCAGGGCACUAUAGUGCCAGGAAAAAGAGUAUGUUUUCCUGGCACUAUAGUGGUCCUUUAAGGUAAAUUACAUAUGUUUGAAAGUGAAACCAGUUUUUUUUUUUUUUUCAUGCAGGCUCUGUCAAUCAUAGCCAGGAGAGGUGUGGCUAGAGCUGCAUAAACAGAAACAAAGUGAUUUAACUCCUAAAUGACAGUGAAUUGAGCAGUGGAAUUGCAGGGGAAUGAUCUAUACACUAAAACUGCUUUAUUUAGCUAAAGUAAUUUAGGUGACUAUAGUGUUCCUUUAAGCAGGAUUAUUCACUAAUAUGUGAAUUUCUGGGAAUUUAAAGUGAAUUUAAGAUUUAGGCUUAUGGGAAGUGAAAACAUAGCCGACAUAAAGAUAACGUUUCAGUUUGCUGUUUUUCACCUAAAAUCUUAAAUUUACUAUGAACUCUGUUAACAUUUCAGAGAAUAAACUUGUAAGUCGGACUCUCCCUCAAAUUUGUAUUUUCUCGGAAGAGAAUAAACACAUUGUUUUUUUUAUGCCAAAUAUAUUUUUUUGUUUUCACCGCACAGGGUUUCCAUUCUAUGGGCGCCACCUCGAUCAUCGGAGCAGAAGAUGAAGACUUUGAGAAUGAAAUUGAAGCGGUCAGUUGUUCUGGUGGUUGGGGUAAUUGUGGGGGAGGGGGGUUGUUUUACGGGUUCAUGCUAAAUAGUAAUUGUAAUGGAUGAACAAGAUUUACCUUGUGUUCUGAUAUGCUAGAUGGUUUAAUCCACUUGAGGUGUCUGGGUGCCAGGGAGACCCCAGUUUAUAUCAAACUGUACCCCUGUGAUUUGGCAUUAAAACAGUAGAAAGAGCCAGGCUACGUUAGGCAACAUAACCACUUCAGCAGCCAUUUUGGAUAUGUAUUGUAUACUUCUCCAUACCCUGCCCUUUUACCAAAAUAAAUAUAUCACUUUUUAAUGUAACCAAUGUAAUGAUUUUUGCUGAUCUAAAAUACGCAAAGUAUGUUAAUUUGAGUCUCACUGAAUCUGUAUGAUUUUUGAGAGUAACCAUGAUGAUACCUCUCCAUGCAGUUUCCUUACACUCGGUCUCUCUUCACCCCUGGUAACGGUUUCUUUCUCCCCAUAUAGAAUGUGGAAGACCACAACAGCCCUUUCCAGAACAUCGAACUUGUAAAAGAUCAUCCGGCGUACAUCAUGGUUUUUCUCCAUCAUGUGGUGCUGCAGUUGGACCCGUGCCCAUUGGUAAGAGAAGCCAGGGGGUACAUUGCCAAAAUACCCAUCCUGCUUUCCCCUGCAGCCUGCCUGUUUGGAAUACUCCUUGUUGCAUUUUGCCGGGUGGGAGUCCGUGGUUUGCACAGAAUAGCCGUUACUGCACCGUGCAUGGCCGGAGUAAUUGUUAUUGCUUCAGUCAAUCCUUGGUGCCGUAUGAAAUGUUGUUUUGCAUGAAAUGUCUCAUGUGGCGCCCUGUAGUGCAGAGCCCAGUUUAAGACCUUGGAAAUGGUCUCCCAGCUUAUCUUCCAUUAACACUCACUACUGUAAGAUAAUUAUAUCCCAGCAUGCACCUGGUAGUAUGAGCCACUUUAGGCCCUUGCUGUUUGGCAUAAAUUACUUUAAGAGGUUUAGAUCCCAGCAUGCACCUGGAAGGAUGAGCCACUCUAGACCCUUGCUGUUUGGCAUCCCAGCAUGCACCUGGUAGGGUGAGCCACUCUUGGGCUCUUGCUGUUUGGCUAAAAUUACUGUAAGAGGUUUAUAUCCCAGCAUGCACCUGGUAGGGUGAGCCACUCUUGGGCUCUUGCUGUUUGGCUAAAAUUACUGUAAGAGGUUUAUAUCCCAGCAUGCACCUGGUAGGGUGAGCCACUCUUGGGCUCUUGCUGUUUGGCUAAAAUUACUGUAAGAGGUUUAUAUCCCAGCAUGCACCUGGUAGGGUGAGCCACUCUUGGGCUCUUGCUGUUUGGCUAAAAUUACUGUAAGAGGUUUAUAUCCCAGCAUGCACCUGGUAGGGUGAGCCACUUUUGGGCCCUUACUGUUUGGCUAAAAUUCCAAAUCAAAAAGCAGCACUAGCCAGCCGUACCAUGAAAAUAUAAUUUGAUGUUCUUUUAUUCAAUGCUGCACUUGGACAAUCCACUGGUGGCUCAGAGGCUCUCCUAAAUGCAGGAGUCUCUAAACAGUACUGGCGUGGCUUCCUCAGUUACAUUUUGUUUUCUCUCUUUUUCAUGCUGCUUUCAGAUGCCCAGCUCCUUGAAAACAGGUGUGUGUGGGGAUGUACUGGUCAGAUGUAAAAUCAAUACCUAGAUCAUUCAUUAGGUCACGGGUAGACAACCUUUACCAUAGUGGAAGCGUUUUGGACUACAUCUCCCAUAAUGCUUUGCUAGUCUUCUGGCUGACAAAGCAUUGUUUACGACCAUGCUGCCGUAGGUGAUUGUCAGUAUUGUUUGUAUGACAGACUGUGUGGGUCGUGCAAUAAGCUGAGCCUUUUUUUGCCAAAUCAAUGUGUUGCAUGCUGUCUAGCGGCGCUACCCUACAUAAAUCUAUUUAGAAUAGGAAAAUAUUGCAAUACGUUAAAGAACUUUCCCUGCAAAUUUUCUUUUUGAACAUAAGAUUCUGUAAUGUUAUUGGGACAGUUUGCUGUACUGAGAGGUGGCAGAGGUUGUGUGCUGUGUUUAUAGUGUGAGCUGUUAUGCAUAUUUGGAGUGCUAGAUCAGUAUUUAAGGUAAAGCAGAUACUCUGCAGGCAUAGGGGGUAUCUGGGGAACACUGUGCUGAAAGGGGAAUUAAAUGCAUGUGCACUUCCUGUGGGUAACACAUGGAUUGCAGCUUUUCUCUUUGUGGUACGCAAAUUAGCAGAUUAUGAUAUAUUUUGACAUGAGGUGUAGGUUUCCUGUCAGCAAAAUAUACACAUAUAGGGGUUCUGUCAUGGGGUUCAGGUGGCCUGUCAGCGGUUAAGACAUGGGAAGCAGAUGUUCUGGGUGCUGUAAAUAGACUUGGGAUGCUGGGUCCUGUAUGCGGUUAUUAGACAUGGGGUGAAGAUGUCCUAUCUGCAGUGGUUAGACUUGGGGUGCCAUUGUCCUGUCAGUGGUAAUAGAUAUGGGGUGCAGGUGUCCUGUCUGCAGUAAAAAGACUUGUGGGUAGCUGCGGUUUCUCUGGGAGGCUUGCAGAAUGCAGGAGCCCUAUCUAUGGUAAGGGUGUGAGGCACUCUUUGUGGGAAGGGAUUUCAGAUGGAGGUUCCCUUGACUGUGAGGUGACAUAGGAUGGAGGGACAUUGUCUAUAGGAAAGGGUGGGUUGGAGAUCCACUAUGUCUCUGAGGACCUAUAGGAAGCACAGCUACCUUGCUUUAGUGGUAUAAGGUGCAGGGACACUGUCCGUGGCAGGGUGGCAUGAUAUGCAGGUUGCCUGUGAAUAUGAGACCUGUGGGGUAUACAGUGCAGAUGUCCUAAAUGGAGGAAUGAGUUGCAUGUGGAGAUUUAGCAUGAGAUGCAUGUGAUCCGGGCACAGGCUGUUCACACUUUAUAAUCAAUAUUUUACUGAAUAUGUUGUUGCUGUUUGCGUCGGACUAAUUCUCUUUCCUGACAUCACUUCCUAGCUCUGCUACCUGCAUGCCGAUAUCAUAAAGAACCUUUCGGUCAAAGAGGGGAAGAAAUUGUUUACGGAAUUCUGCUAUACCUUCAUGAUGAAAGGAGCUGUGAGUAUUCAACGCACAGAUUUUAUUAUCACAUAUCGGAUGGACUUUUGAAUAAAAACACUUACCUUUCAAACCCUCUCCGAGAGGUGGGGCCAAACAUGACAGGGGAACACUGUAGCAUUUGAAAUAUAUGUUUGUAUUCUUAACACUAUGGUAUUCUCUUAACUUACAAGUAAGAUUGAAAUAUUCACUCUGCUCUGGACUGCGGACUGUCAUGCAGCACUAGACUGGAUUACUGUGUUCCAAAAAAUAGCCCUGUAGCUAGCUGAUCAUCAUGGUUAUGCAAUCUGCUGUUUAGCCAUCACUGCCCUACAGUCUGUCCUUUGAUUUUUGGUUAUUUAUUAAGUAUUGUUUAUGUCUCUUGUUCCUCAUUCUGCUUUGCCUCUUGGGUACACUGUGGCUAGUGAUGUAGCAACUUCUAUUUUAGUAUUCGCUCAGUAUUACAUUUUAAUUUGAAAUAAAUACAAGGUUUCAUAGUAACCUUACGUCCUGUACAGAGCUGUGAUCAGAGUUGUAACUUUAAAAUCUUGUUUCCAGGUCCUACGCACCACGGUGCCAACCAGCGUUUCCUUCGAACUGGGUGAGUUUAUUCUUUCAUGUUCUCAAUACAGGUAUUGUCUAGAAUUGUGUGUGUCGCCCAUUUAAAUGCAGUGAUUUAAUUCCUGAAUAUAUGCUUUUACUACAGUCAAAAGGUUUUUUAAAGAGUAAAUUUAUUUUUUACCCAACAUCAUCUUACCCCCUCAAUCUCACCAAACACAGUUUCUUCCCCCUCUACCACAUUCCAACCAGAAACAUAUCUCCUAAUUUCCACCACACACCCUCUACCUUUUCUACCUCAUUCCCACCAUCACCCUCCCUACCACUUUCACCUCAUUCAUGCUACCACACCCUCUCUAUACUUUCUACAUCAUUCCCACCACACACCCUCUCUGUCCUUUCUACCUCAUUCCCACCAUACACCCUCUCUACCCUCUAAACCUCAUUCCCACCACGCUCUCUCUACUCUUUCCAACUCAUUCCCACCACACACCCUCUUUACCUUAUUCCCACCACACACCCACUCUUCCCCCACACCUCAUUCCCACCAUACACCCGCUCUACCUCAUUUUCACCACACAUCCACUCGACCCCUCCACCUCAUUCCCACCUCACACCUUUUCGACCUCUAAACAUCUUUCCCACCACACACUCAUUUUCACUACACAUCAUUCCCACCACACACACACACACACACUCACUCUACCCCUCACCUCAUUCCCACCACACGUCCUCUCUACCCCUACACAUCGUUCUCACCACACACACUCUCUACCUCAUUCUUAACACACACCCUCUCUACAUCCUGCACCUCAUUCUUAACACACACCCUCUCUACCCCUCCACCUCAUUCCCACCACACCCUCUCUACCCCUCCAUCUCAUUCCCACCACACCCUCUCUACCCCUCCACCUCAUUCCCAAAACACCCUCUCUACCCCUCCACCUCAUUCCCACCAAACCCUCUCUACCCCUCCACCUCAUUCCCACCAAACCCUCUCUACCCCUCCACCUCAUUCCCACCACACACUCUCUACCCCUCCACCUCAUUCCCACCACACUCUUUCUACCCUCUUCAACUCAUUCCCUCUGCACACCCUCUCUACCCCUCCACCUCAUUCCCACCACACCCUCUCUACCCCUCCACCUCAUUCCCACCAAACCCUCUCUACCCCUCCACCUCAUUCCCACCAAACCCUCUCUACCCCUCCACCUCAUUCCCACCACACACUCUCUACCCCUCCACCUCAUUCCCACCACACUCUUUCAACUCAUUCCCUCUGCACACCCUCUCUAUCCCCUCCACCUCAUUCCCAUCGCACACCUUUCACCUUAUUCCCAUAUAGUUCGACAGAUUGAGAUUAUAAAAUAUGCCUAUUGUUAUUACAGAGCUAUAAUGUAAAAUGAAUGAAAGUCACUGAACUGGGACAAUGAGCGGGUAGAAAUGCAUUUAAAUCAUUGCAUCCAAAUGGUCAGGUUUAUUGAUGAGAUUGCCCCCUGCUUUGGUGUUUAGUUAUAGGGUUUAUAGGAUGUAAACAGGCCGUGGGACUUCUUUCUUUCUGAAGCUGCAGUCUGUGUGCUCUAUCUGACUGUACAAACUCAGAUAACUUCGGGAAGAAAUGUUACGAAACUGAUAAGCAAGUAGCCGGAAUCUUCAUGUAGCCUGUCUCCAACCUUACACAUUCUCUGAGUGUCUGGAGCCCUCUCCUGGUCACUAGCAGCAAUGCAGCCCGUAUGUGCCACAUCUUCAUUUAAAUACCCAUGAUGCCUAUCUCACUGAAAGGGGAGGGGGGGAUAUGUUUAGUUUACGGAAUUUGCAGAAUGCCUUGCCGCCCUUUCAUUAAAAAAGCCAUAAUAAGCAGUAAUUUCCAUACAACUUAAUUCUCUGAUCAUGUUAGAAACUGACUUCUAAAAGGCAGACUUAAGAUGGAUAUGAUUACAAUGUAUCAGCCAUUCAAAAAAAAAUCUCAAAUCUUGCAACACUAACAGCGUUAUUUCCUAAAGUGAGAAUUCAAAGCGACUUUCAAAUUUAAGGUCAAAGUAGCCAAACUGGGAAAAAUGAAUUUGUGCUUUCCAUUCAGAUACUCAAAUUUAAAAUCCAGUUAGAAUUCACCCUGAAUUUUGACUUUAGUAAAAAACACUGUAAAUGAGAUCCAACAUAUUAUCAACCAGAUUUUUUUAUUUUUUUUAAAUCCUCCUUUCUUUCACUCUGCCCGACCCCACGUUGCAAACGGAGUCUCUCUGCCAUUCUAUUAUUCUUCACUGCCAUGGUAGACUUCCUUAAAUUGUUCUGAUUGAAAGUAUGUUAAAGGCCAGUCAGAUGCUUGAUGAAAGAUUUGUUUUGUAAUUCCCAGCUCACCAGGCUAAUAGCCAAAUCAUUCUCCUCUAUGAAUAAAACUGAAAAAAUUCAGGUGUCAAUGGCACUUACUUAUAUAUUAUUAUUUUAUUAUUUAUAUGGCGCCAUCAGAUUCCGUAGCGCUGUACACUGGGUGGACUAACAGACAUGUAAUUGUAACCAGACAGCUGGACGUACAGGAAUAGAGGGGGUGGAGGGCCCUGCUCAGUGAGCUUACAUUCUAGAGGAUAUAUAUAUAUAUAUAUAUAUAUAUAUAUAUAUAUAUAUAUAUAUAUAUAUAUAUAUAUAUAUAUAUAUAUAUAUAAACUAUCAAAGUGCAAUAGCUCAAUACAUACACCAUAAUACUAUAAUACUAAGGUGCCUUAUAUUUGGUAUAAAUCCUGCUACUCUUUUCACUAGAUGGCUAUCGUAUACCAUAUAUUGCGAAACUAAACAAACAUUGAUUCUCCCAAUUAAAGCCCCUUUUCAGUAACGUGAAUGAAGUGAUUCCUACACCAAAAUGUCUGCUUUCAUCCUCUUACUUAUGGAAGUAAACAUGUGAUGAUCUGCUUAUUGUUACGUCCUUAGUAGUUAAAGGACAGCUAGAAUGCUUCGUCGAUACUCGGCACUAUUGAAAAGACAUCAGUAGUGCAGGAUCCUGCAGAGUUUAUAUGUGAGGCACUAGACACAGUUAAAAAGAAGUUUAAAUGAAGUGGCUCUCUUGUCCAUGUCUCCCGUCACAGAUCGCACUAGGCCAGAGCUUUUCACCGAAGACACACAGAAGAAAUUCCUCCGUGAAGUUCAGAGCUACCAGAUUCCGGAGAUCAGCAGGCAGCUCGAGGACUUCAGGUGCAUAUUGGACCAUCACAGAACAUAGCAAGGGCUAUUUACUAAAAUGUGAACUAUUGGCAAUUCUCAAAGUAGACUAAAUUUUUUAAUUUGUUUACUUUGAAGUCUUGAUUGCUCCCACUUCUGCGAAUAACAGAAGUUACAAUGCAGAUUUUAUUUAUUUAUUUAUUGGUCAUAUUUCAUCUUUUUUUUUUUUAAUAUAAAGUCUUCUAUAGUAAUGUAAAAUAAAUAGCAUCCAAGCUCUAUAAGAAUUGGUUACUUUCUCUGCAUGUAAUGCUGUUAAAGUUUAAGGAGAUACAAAUUAUCUCAAACCAUUUCAACAUCUUAUAUGGCGCAAACUCUGACUAUUAGGUUUUAAUUUUUUUUCAUUUUAGUUUAGAAUUUUUGUGAUCCGCUUAUAUCACAUAUCAACCCAGUGAUGUAAUGGGCAUCUGUCCGCUAAUCUUGUUUGUGCUUCUUUUUUUUUCUUUUCUUUUUUUUUAUCUGGCUGUUUGUCUGGGCAGGUCAAAGCGGGUAUUGGGUAUGACCCCUGGGGAACUAGAACUCAAUGAGCUGGAGUCUUAUCGAACAAGCGAUCGACAUAUCCUAGAAUCCAAAGAAAAGCAACUGGCAGAACAGCUACUCGCACGGCUGGAUGAGGUCCAGUGAGUAUCUCCAAAUCUUUUUGGCUAAUUCCGUUGAUUGUAUCCAAAAUGCUCGUUUUUUUUACUGGAAAAAGGGUAGCAAGGGCUUAAAAAAGUGUUUUUUAAACAAUUUCUUAAAGAAAUAAAUACUAGAAGCCAUUUUAACUUAAUUAGCAUAUUUGCUAGUCCUUAUUAAAUUAUUUCAUCUGUAGUGAUGUCCCGAACGGUUCGCCGCGGACUCAUCAUUGAGUAAACUUUGACCCUGUACCUCACAGUCAGCAGACACAUUCCAGCCAAUCAGCAGCAGGCCCUCCCUCCCAGACCCUCCCACCUCCUGGACAGCAUCCAUUGUGAAGCUGCAUUCUUAGUGAGCUGUCCAGGAGGUGGGAGGGUCUGCUGCUGAUUGGCUGGAAUGUGUCUGCUGACUGUGAGGUACAGGGUCAAAGUUUACUCAAUGAUGAGUUCGCGGCGAACCGUUCGCGGGCGAACCGUUCAGGACAUCACUAUUCAUCUGUUUGACUAAAUCUGAUGUAUUCUGAAAGCUUCAGAAGACGGUUAGCUGGGAGAUCAGAAUUGAACAGUUAAUGUUAUAACCAUGCAGAACUUUCACGAAAGCACAAAGCUGUGUUUUGAUGAGAAAUAUAAUAAUCCUAAAACCAAAACUGUUCUAUAAACACAAAACUAUUAUGCUGGGGAAAAAAAAUGCAAAUAUAUAAAAUAUUGUCCAUAAAGCAUUCUCCUGCUCUUAGUUGUAACAUAGCUUUUGGCAUUAAGAAUAUAUUGACAGGUGAGGGGAGAGGGGUCAUAUCUUUUUGUCAAUCAUUCUUUUAUUGAGGUAAUCGAAGGAACAUUACAGAAAGAAAAGCGAGUUUUAGCAAAUAAACACAUGUCAUAUAUGCAAGAAGAGUGCAAUAGUACAUAAACUCCGGAAAUCACAGUGCAGUAACAAGAGAGGGAAAACAAGCUUAGAGACUCAGUAGAGUAGUUGGCAUCAUGUAAUAAUAAGCUAGGCUGACAUGUUGGAGCAUAUAACAGUGCAACUUUAGAAAAGGAUAAUCAGGCAUAACACUGAGUCAAGUUAUAUGAAUUCAUAUCGUGUCUCAAGCGUAAUAAGCCACUGGGACCCGGAACAUUGAGUAUCAGGUAGCGUCUCUUUCCGGUAGUGCCGAUAUGUAGUAGAGAGGCAUCUGUUAAGUGCAGACCAGGAGUCCCACUUUCAUCCAAUUCCCGCACUGGGCAUGGAGAGUAUUGAGAGAAGAAGGUGACCAAGGGCAGCGGCUUUGCGGAGGCGAGGAGAGGUUCCCUCCCCCCAGCCCUAGGCCAGUGUAAAGGCCAACAUCCAUGUGCCAUGAGCUCGGGUCCUCUGAGUCCGAGACCUUCCCAUAUCAGGCGUGAUGGAAUGCCCAGUUGUUCUGCCGCCAAAUCCAGCUGCGGGUUGUCUUCCAGCGAUGUGGCCAAUGCUUCUAGGAUCAAACCCAUGGGGGGCCUUCGGCCUAGGUAGGCGAACAGCAAGUGCUGUGCCUGAGAGAGACCCCCUCAACUCCCAAACUUCAUUCCUCUUCACCUCUCUCCGAGGUAAGUAUGUUGUGGGAGCUGUGCAUACCUGGAUCUCAUGCCGCAGUUUUGACCAAAAUCUAAAAAAGGCCCUGUCCAGGUGUUCUUCCCAUGUUGCCCAUGAGGCAGUAGUCUGGAUUGUCGUUUGGCGCCAUAAGAGUUCUCCACGGGAACCAUAGGUGAGAGCCAUAGGAGUACCUCACGGGAACCCUCCUCUCUGUAUGAAGGAAGUGAGCCAUGACCUCAGUAGGCACCUGGACAACACCCACCAGGGGCAUGCUGGGUACCUGACACUGACCAGGGAGCAUGGAGAGCAGCCUUUUCUCCCUGCCCCAGUCGCCCACAGGCCGCAGCUUCGGUCCACCAUAGAUCUGCCUACUGCCGUCAUUAAUAUUACGUAUAAAUAGUUCUCAAGGUACUCAGGAGGGUAUAGUCCGUGUUUAAGCAGAGGUGAGCAAUGAUUUUGCAGAGAAAUUGGAUAAAAACAGGCUUCUGUACACAGUGCUCAGCUUAGGCACGUGUUCCUGGCUCGGCAGUCGGGCCCACCCGACUUAUUUUUAUUUUUAUAUAUAUUCCCAAGAACCGAGCACACAGUUUAGUUCAUCCGUGCUUAGCUGGUGCAGGAACGAGCCGUAGUUAUACCAAAAAAGAAGCUGCACACUUUCUGAAAAUUUUAAAUUAAACUUUUUGCUACUUUUUAUUAACUUAAAAAGCUAAAGAAAUUGCAACAUUGUGAUUAUACAUAGAUGUAUUGAUGAUAUCUGAUUAUCUGCUUCUGAAUUUCAUAAUGCAAUACAAAGUUUGAUUUAAAAUUUCCAGCGAAUGCGCGUUUACUUUUUUGAGAUAGAUGUUACAAUGCACACGUUGAAGGGAAAAUCAAAAUUGCAUUUAUUGCCAUUUAUUUAUUAUUAUUAUUAUAAUAUUUAAUUUGAAAUUUUUUUUUUACCUCAUAAAAGAUAAUAUAAUAUUUAAAAAUAAAACUAUUCACUCACUCUGAGUGUCCCAGUAUUGCAGCAAUCCUCCAGUUUCUAUUUUUCAAUAGGAACCAUUUAUGUGUGAUUAUAAACGUGCCUUUAUUGCCCUUGUGUAAACGUCUAACCCAACAAGAACAGGAAGACUCUAUGCGUGGAUUUACGGGAAGUGGAUAAAUGUUUCCUUUACUCUUGGAUGCGCCAGGCUCAUGGGUUGGGCUCUGUGUGGUAAUAAACUUUUUUUUUUAAACGUAUCUUUGCAAAAAUGAUUCACUUAGUAUAAAGUAAAAUGUGUGUGUGUUUUUCUUUUGGGGUGGUCGGGCAGGGUUUGCAUAGUCCACUUGUAUUUUUCAACUUUUGGUUCACAUAGUGUCUAUUUUUAGUGUAAGUUGUCAUUAAACUGCCGGGAAUAAAACGUAACUCUGUUGUACUGUACACAGAAACUGUGCCGUGAUCUACCGUAUUUUACCAGCUUAGGCUGGUAAACGAGCUUCUCAGACAGGAAGGGGAACUAACUUGAAAGAGAUUCUGAACGGAAGGGUGGUGUCAGGGUCGAGCAGCAAGUUCACUUGAGUGAGAGAUAUGGGGAGGGAGUGAUCUGCCAAAAUGGAAAUGCUGUGUGUACAGAUUCCUACAGACUCAGUCUACUUUUAUUAUCUGUGUCCUGUUCAAAGGCUCUGCUAAAAACAAGGGUUUGGGUGGGUGUGUGUGUGGGGGGGAGAUUUGUUAAUUAUACUCCCAUCAGCCAGCAUAAAGGUUAUGAACUUAAAUCCCUGACUCACGUUCCAAUUGAAAUCAUUCACCAUCUAAAAGAAUUUCACCUCCUUAAUUUUCAGGAGUACGUCUGCUGGUAUUGAAAGUCCUCUUGAAUAUUUAGGGCAGCAUUGUUAUUGCCCCCUAUCUUAUAUUAUCACAUCUAUUGCUCGUUGGUCGUCUGUCUUUUAGAAAAUAACAGGCUUACUCUUAUUAUGGAAAAUCUCUCUUAGUAAAUAGCUCGCACUGGUGUCUGGCUCUAAAGCUUUUUCUGUGCAGCACUCAACGCCAUGUAACGAGAACAGACAGCGUGUUUUAUUGUUUAGCAGGGAAUCCCAUUUUUCCCACCGCCCCCUAUUGAAAAGUCCCAGAGUGAAUCCAUUUCCAGAUGUGCAGCUAUUUUUAUCUCAGCCUGUCUAAUAUGAGCCAGUGGUGGGAAUCGUAGAUUCAGAAAUUCAUUCUACAUCAGUAUUGGGAGUAUCCCUAAAACCAUUUAUUGCCAACUUUAACUGCUGCAAGGUUUAAAUAAUACUUUGACUUAUAUUGGAGUGACGUUGCCUGUGAUCACCAAGGAGUUAAUGCUCAGGAAGUGGUCUUGGACCCUAUAAAGAGUCAGCGUCUGUUCUUAAUACAAAACAUAUGUGCUGACCCCCUUCCCAACCGCCCUCUGUCCUGUCUUUCACGGAGUUGCAUCAUCCUGCUUGUGGCGGGGUAUAUAAUGUCUGCGUUGCAGCUCUUGCCCUCACUCAUUGUCCCGGGACUUCGAGAAUUUUGUAGCGUCUCAUAUACCAUGAUCUGCAGGAUAAACCGCGCCUCACUCACUCACUGCAAACAUGAUCUUCUGCCGGUGAGUGCUUAACGGCCAAAUCGAAACAUUUCUCUCUAUUUAUAUAAUGUGUUGCAGGCUUACAAUAUGCAUGUUUAAAAGUGUAUCAAUUCUGAAUGUAGGUAUGUAUAUAUUCAUAGUUAGACAUAUUGAUUGUGUAAUAUAGAGAGCAGGAAGGAUGCAGAUAUAAAGAGUCAAUAUAAGGAAUAAAGGUCUGGGUGCACGUGCAGACGUGGCUGUGUUUUGGGAUUACAGUGUAGAUAAAGUGGUGUACACAAGGUGGUGUCCAUGAAAAAAUGUGUGAAGGUAAAAGGGUGUAAAUGUAAAAAAGGUCAUGCUGAGCUAUAAGAGUGCAGGUGUGCGCAGGAUAGUAUAUAGAGGGCAGGUAGAUGUGGGGUUUGUCUUUUGAGGGUAAAAGAUGUGAAGGGGCUGCUUUUUAGUGCUGCAGAUGAGGAGAUAGGUGUGUGUGUUUCCAGGCGUUCAAGAGUUGAGAUGCAGGUGCAUUGUGUGUGUGUGUGUGUGUGUGUGUGUGUGUGUGUGUGUGUGUGUAAUUAUAUAUUUUUUUUAUUUUUUUUUUCUGGUGUUCACUAGCAGAGAUGCAGGUAUAUUCUGUGUGACAUACAGGUGUCUGUGUUUGAGGGGCUGGUAUAGUUUGUGUGACUGAGAGGUGUAUAUGUUUGUAUUCUUGUGUUGUUCUGGAGGAAUCUGUUAUGAAUGUAGUGUAUGUGUGAAGGGUGUUGUACAAGUUUGUGUACGUUAAAGUAUGCAAAAGUAAAAAUACUUUUGUCAAGGUGGAAAAAUAGCGCAGGUGAGGCCAGUCAGAACUACAACUCCAAUGAUGCCACUCCCGUUGCUGCACAAUAUAUGAUUACCUCAAAGCCACAUAACACAAUAACGCUAUAAUAAAUCAAAUCUAGUGAAUAAUUGUGUGUUUGUACAUUAUAUUGAAGGAUAUAAUUUCUCUUGCACGUCUAGUUGGAUCACUGCUCCCAUGAUCCUUUGCCAGACUGAAAGCUGCAAGGGACUGGCAAAGCUUAACGGCAUCUGUAACCCAAAAAAGGGUUAAUUAAUUUCAAAGUCAUCUGCUGCAAUGGCUUUUACAUUUUCUUGUCUUACAUUGUUUAUUUUUCUUUACAGCCCCACCAUCAGUACCGACGAGGACAAAAGGUAACAAUCUGUUUUGAUUGUGUGCUUGCGUGUGUGUAACCUUCCCACCCUUUACCAGGGAAUUGGUUGUUUACCAUGUUCUGUAUUCUUAAGCAGCACUUUAACUCCAUAUCUGAGAACUUCUGCUCUAAAUGUGGUAGGAUUUCUGAAGCUUUAAAUAUCCAAUGACACUUGGCAUGAAAUGGAGAUUAGGUUAACGUUCUCUAAACAUUUGUCAAACUUUUUAAAAUUGCCCUUUUUGUCUCCAGUUCUGCAGUUUUUUGUGCCAUCGUCACCUAUAUGAAGCAUCUUGGGGUGAAGACCAAGGUGGCGGAUAGCAAGAAAUCAAAGGGUAUCUUCUUUAGGAAAAAGGUAAGGAUCAUUACUUUAGCAAAACCUUAAAGGACAGGAAGUCAUUAACAUUCGAUGUUCCACAAACCUAGCAAAAUAUGGCUUUGAAUUUUGAGAGUUGUGGUCCAGAUUUUCAGAAGGUCAUGAGUUUCCAUCCCUGAAGCCGUCACUUCUUGUUGCCUUGUCUUUCACCAUAUUAAAUCCUGUGUCUUCCAAGUCUUUGAGUUUUAACGAUGGUCUUCUUGUCCAUAUUCUCAUAGGUUUCUUCCAAAAAACCAGAUGAAACUGUAAAAACCAAGAAAACCUUCAGCAUCUUGGAUCCUACGCGCUGGAAAUCAGGAGAAUCUCAUAGUGAGUAGUUGGAGCUUUGCAGUGUAUUGAGUUGAUGUUGAGGUCAUUAGUUGCAGGUCUCUGACACCCACUUAAUUCUCUCUAUCCUACUUACCAGUCUCUUCUUUAUUUAACACAAGAAGAGUCAACAUUUCCUCCAUAUAGUUCUUGAUUAACUCGGGUGAUUCAUUUUUAUUGGCUGUUAUUUACAAGGCUUCCUUGCUCCUUGCUUUUCUUUUUGUUUACGGUAUUACUCAAUUUCUCCUUUUAUUUUCAUUUUGUUCGGUGAUGCUCAAUCGCAUUCACCCUAUUGUUUUGUCCUCUGCAAAAACACUUUGUCUUGCAUGGUUGUAUUUUCCAAGACAUUGUUUUAUGAGUGAUCCUCUUCUCAAACACUACCACUUGCCUGGAUCUCCACUGUCAAACUGCUCCUUUCUGGGAUCCUUUUUUUCACACUCCUCCUUCUUGCUGAGUUCCUUUUUUGCCUGGACCUCCUCUAUCACAUAUUCCUCAGUUUUGUUUUUUUCCCUCUUGUCCUGCCUUCUCUCUCUUUUGCAAUAGUUCUCUUGCUUUUUCUUCCUGUCACAUGGAGGCUCCCUGCAUGCCAUCUUUCAAGCUACCCUGGUGUCCGGGGAUCUGCAGGGUGUACGGGUGGCCUCUUUCUACCCUGGCUUGUCUUCAUUCCAAUUUUCUUCCCCUCUCCGCUUCCCCCAUGUUUUUCACAGGUGUUGACAACAGACCGUCCAAGUCUGAGCCUGAAGGUACCUUCCACAUCAGACCUACUAGUCUUCACCCAACCUGUUCUCACGUUACAAAUAUUUCUUCAGUCAGCCAAGCAGCAUGAUGGAAUGUAUCAAUGACCCCACACCUUAUGGGGGUGGGGGCAGCAUGGGGGUCUUUUUGAAGUUUUAUAACUAAUCAGUAAUUCUCUUGGCUGCUGAAGAAACCUACUUUAUUGUGGGAGCUCGCAUGUACCAGCCAAGAGAUGAAAGCCUCAAUCCCAACAGACUACUCAAUUUGUAACAAGGGGAAAUUAGUUGAUAAAUUGAAGCUUUCUGAGUUAACAGUCGGGGCAACAUUUAAUAACGUACAGGCAGUAUUGCUGCACUGAGAUGAGUUUGCAUUCUGUGGGAAAGGCCAAAAUGUGAGAUAUCUAUUGCAUCUACGUUGAUUUUGGACAUUAAGGAACACACUGUACGACUUCUCAGUUCCUAUCUGGGACAGCAUGAGGUCAUCAGGCCAGCAAACAUUCGUACUGGUACUGACGCACACCUUGUCCAUCAGGAAGCCCAUUCAAAGACCAUUGUAGAAUGUUCUGUGAGUGUUUAGCACAUUUUAAGAAUAUCGUGAGUGUGGUCAUGUUCCCAGUUGGCAUUUCAGGGGAUGUCCUCUGCUGUUUUUGUUUGGAAUGGGAACUCUCAGAUUUAAUUUACACCCUAUAAACAGCCUUUAUCUUGGGACUGAGGCUUUCUGCUUCUAACACUUCAAACUAUCCUCAUACAUUGAGUGUAUUAUACUUUGAAUUCUGCUCUAAAUCCAGAGAUCAUAGUGAUUGCUUCUUUUAUCGACUAACCAUUAAUGGAACUUUUGAUUCAUUUUAAUAUUCACUCUAUCUAAAGUAAGACCGUUAAGGAUGUUAAAUUGUGUUUGUGAGCUCAUCAGGAUAGGAUGGAGUAUGUCUGAGUUGUGAAUUAAAGACAUUUCAUUAACAGAGGGAGGGAUUUGUUAACUGCAUCACUCUAUGCGACUGGUUGCGUUCACUUACCAUAGUCAGAAGAAAAAGAUAUCUAGUACAUUAUUUUUGUAUUUUGAUUUAUUAAUAGUUUUUUCACUUUUCCAGCAGUUGACAAGCCAGUUGUCCAUGAAAGAAGAAUCAGCCAUGGGCAGAAGACUUUUGACAGGAGUGAUAGCAGCAACUUGGUUAAACCUAAAUUAAGUGUCGGAGCACCCCCAGAUAUGACAGAGUCCGUGGUCUCUGUAACAGUACAUGCUCCACCUAGCGAGCCCAGUGACAGUGACACAGGUACGUCCGAGGAAGGACAUUCGUUUCACAUUCCCCGGUUAUAAGCUUCUUCAUAGAUUUGGUAUUACCUAAAACAGAACCAGCUGCAAUGGGCAUACUGAUUGCUUAAAACACCCUUAGAAAAUAGUACAGUAGUGGAAUGAAUCUCUAAAAAUCUAAUCUUUUGUUCUCUUCCCCAAAGCAACACUUGAUGGGUCAACCUCGUUGGAUAUCUCGGACGCCUCAAAAGGAUCUCCCACCAUGGAACUGUGCCCGGGUGAACCAAUGCAAGAGGACAACGCCGAGAAUGAAAGGCAAGAGAGAAUCAAGGAUUAUGGGGAUUCCCUUAAACACUGCCGUGAUACCAACCCUGUGCCAAACCUUUUGCAGAACCCUUUCCAUCUCACCAAGUCUUGCAGCAACCAAUCCUCUCCAUGUUGCCAGGUUGAUAUAGGCUUUUCCAGCGCUUCCACUUGCGUCUUGUUGCUACAGAACCUCUCCAUGACAAGCUUGCCAGCCUUAUUUUUACGUGAGUUUUGCCAGGCUGCCCCACAGCAUAAAUUGCAACCAAACUCUGAGAAUUGCUGUAGUGUUCUUGUAAUUUUGGGUUUGCUCAGUAAAUGGGAAUUGUUGGAAGAAUUGUAAGGGAAGUUAAACUUUUAGGAUCAAGUAGCAGAACUGGAAAAAGGGUGGAAGAAUUUUAAAGUUGUGUUAUUUUGGCCUAAAAUUAGCUUUCCCUUGUCAGUCUUCCGAAAUUCCCGGUUUAGUGAAUAGACCAAUAUAAAUUGUAAAACCUCUAUUUUUCCCAUUGCUGCAGCAGUAUUUAUUGGUUUUUCUGUGCAGAAGCCUGGCAAAAUCUGGCAACUGACAUGUCUGUACAACAAGGAGCUUUACCCUCCCUUAAACUUGUGUCCUCUACCCACUGAGACCCAUUGCCCUAUUUGUGCUUAGUGUAUAGGUUUGUCUGCGCUGCGUCUUGUGCAGGAAAUGUUUGCAGAUCUACGUGUGCUCAGCGUUACAGUCCAGGUCUCAUGAAGUCAAUGCCAUCCCCUCCCCCCUACACUUCCUAUUCUUCUCCAAUCUACAGAUUAAACCUCCCUUUUACGCGUUCUUUCUUUUAACAUCUGUCUACUUCCUCUGGUUUUUUUUUUUUUUUUUUUAACAACCGUUUGCAUUGUUUACUUACCUGUGUGUUGGCUUACGCCACUUGUCUGUAGUGUUCGGUGUAUAAAGCUGCCCCAUAGUGCUCAUCUUGCGCAUGUAACCGUUUUCCUGUAAAUGCUUUUUAUUCCAUUCUCAAUAACCUUGUUUUAACCACAGACUCGCUUUUGUUUACAACAGAAGUAAAUGUGCUUGCCGCUUACAAAUGCUUUGCAAUGCAGUGUGAGCCUGCACGGCCUCCGACUGUGUCAGCGGCAUGUUCUGUGUUCCAUGUUGCGUUUCUGCCUGUGUUGGUACCGGCAGAGUCUAACCAGGAAGUGAUCAGGUGCCCCAGUCCAGCAAACUUGCAAUCUUUGGGGAUUAGGAUGCAAUAUUCAAAUUAUUAACCCUUCCUUGCUCUGUUUCCAGACGAAAGAAAAGGUCAGUGCAUGCUUGUCAGACUGCAUCCUGGGAGAUUUCUGUAUUCUGGUAGUGGCUCUCUAAAGAGCCUGGAUAAGUAUUAAUCCUGAACUUACCUUGCUCUGUCCCCCUGCAUAUCCAAACUAUCCCCCGCCGACUGUUUGAAUACUUUUAUUGGCUGUACUAGAGGAGACGUUUCAUGCAGAAGAAAAAUCUAUAAAAUAUUGCUCGUUUUUGUUUCUUUUUGGAAUGGUGGAUUUUUAUUUUGGUCUACUGACAUAGGUUUUGAACAUUUUCAUAGGGAUACUGAGCUGUUAUACAGUACAGCUUGAAAUGUAUCAUUUACAUCUACAGACCGUGUAGGUCAAUCAAGUUGAACGUGUUGCACUGUUUGCUGGAGUGCAGCAAGAUUGAGACGUGCUAGUUUUAUCUAAUAAAUAAUAACUGGUGGACAUGUUUGGAAAUAUCUGAUCUGCAUACAUUAAAUCUAGUGCGUGAUGUGGGAGCCUCUGGGGCCUUUUCCUUGGGGAAACAUAUGUCCUGCUUGCCAUAGUACCUAUUUUUUCUGCCCACAAAGAGCAUAUGAAAGGACAUUUUAAACCACAGGAAUCUGAGAUUCCCAAAAUACUACCGUUCCUACGCCUUGGAUUAUUUUCAGCAGAAAAUUAACCUCUUUCCCGGCUGCUAAAAUGAAAGAGGUCAAAUAUCUUGCACCUGUCUAUAUUGAAUAUUCUUUUUUUGUUUAUUUUUUUAAAUUUAUCGGUGCUCAUAGAUAUUUAUCAUUUAAAAGUAUGUAUUUCUGACACUGUUUUUCCACACAUAAAGUUAGCCCAAUCAGAACCCUUUUAUACACAAUACAAGCACAAAGACAAAAUGAAGUCAAACAAGUCAUAGUCCUAUUUAUCGUUAGUAGUGUACAUUGUAUUUACUAGAGAGUAGAAGAUAAAGAAAACAUCAGAUGUUUCUUUAAAUGGAAUUACCAACACUUACUUUACUGAGUAUUCCUUUAUUGAGAGGGUAGGGAAUGCAUGGAAUAGCCUUCCAGCUGAAGUGGUAGAGGUUAACACAGUAAAGGAGUUUAAGCAUGCGUGGGAUAGGCAUAAGGCUAUCCUAACUAUAAGAUAAGGCCAGGGACUAAUGAGAGUUUUUAGAAAAUUGGGCAGACUAGAUGGGCCGCAUGGUUCUUAUCUGCCGUCACAUUCUAUGUUUCUUACCCAUCUCGAUCAGGGUGUUAUGGCGCCAUCUUCAGGCAGCCUUGUAGUACUGCAGCUGCUCUACGUAGGUUUUGUUUUUUUGUUUGUUUUGUUAACGCUUUCAUAAUCCAGGAAAACAUUUUGUAGUCCUCAGUUCUGUUUGCUCCUGUUAGCAUGUUUGUAAUUUUCAGUGCGUUUUGUUUUAUUGUGGUCUUUACCGCCAUUUUGCCUCCUUUUGGUAGCAAGUUUGAACAGUACUGGUAUUUGUUAAUGAUAUAGGAGUAAAUAUCAUUCUGGCUUUGAAAGGUUUGGUAUAAUCUUUGAGGAAGACAUUGGUUUUGAGAACCUGAGCUAAUACUUAUUAUAUAUUAUGGAGUUUUCUUAUGGUGACCAGACAUUUCUGAUACCUUGAGCUGCCUGUGACCUUGACUGGGUACAACUUUUACAUGACCUAAACUGUUACUGUGUCUUUUUGGGAUUUUUGUUGCAUCUCUUAUUCUUAUCGCAUGCUUUCAUCCACCUCUAAGUGACACCUUUUGUAACAAUGGAAUAUUUCAAGAUCAGUCGGUAUACCGGUAUUUCUUACUUUUGCAUGCUUUUCAUCUCUGUUCAUUAUCUGUUCUUCUUUUCGAUCAUGUCAUGUGUUCUUCAUUUUGUUCCUUUUCUGCUUCUCCCUGCAUGCCGAUACUUACCACCCCGUUAUCUUAUCUCCCUCUCAUCGUGGUCAUUGCCCUUAUCUUCUACCAUUACCCCUCGCCUGGGGUGACCUGGACAGGCUGUCUGGUAAAUUGGGCCGCUCGGAGAGCCUGCGAGUUUACGAGCGCAAGCGAUCCCAGCGCGGCUCUGCCAAAUCCAAGCAGGGACGUUCUCGCAGUGACGUGGAUCUGGAAGCAGCAGCCCGCGCCAACGACUUGCAGGUCAACACGGGCAAAUCAGGGCUGAAACACGGCAGUCUCACGUAGGUUGAGUGGGAUGGAAAACACUGCAUUCAAUGUUCUUGUCAAUGUUUUAAUGUGCAAAACAAACACUGUGAUAUUAAACAAUUAUUAUAGCCCAUUUUGGGAGAGGCCUAUUUUAAUUUGCACUUCUCCCUGCAGGAAUAACUGUCUCUGACCAGAUCUCUAUUUUACUUUCAGAUUGAGAUGGGUGGAGGGAAACUACUUACUCUUUAUAAAAGAAGCAUAAAUGUAUAUUUUACAUUUAUUGGGCACAACCUUCUUAAAAUAGCCGCCUUCUCUCUAGUUUAUCACAGACAAAAUGUAUUGAAGGAACACUUUAGUGUUAGGAACGCAAAGCUGUAUUCCUGAAACUAUAGUGUCCCCCUCCCCUCCCCUGACGGCAAAUAAAAGGGUAUAAAACAAAACAAAAAAACGAUUUUAAUUUACCUGAUCCCAACUAUAAAUGUGUCAGCUGGUGGGGGGGGGCAGAAUACAUGUCUGAGUGUUACCUGGGAUUACUGGAAAUCACAUGCAAAUGAUGGCAGUUACCACUCGGGAGUGUAAAUACCAUAUGUAUAUAUAUCCCCUCUCUGUCCGAGAUUAUUGCCCCCAGACUGCGCAGAGAGGGGAUCUGUGCAUUAUUGCCCUUCUAUCAAAUGUUGUAGCUCUUCUUUGUUCUAUAAAAGCAUAUUUUUGUGCCGUAUGUUUUAAUGAACAUUUUUGUUUCAGGUGACUAACUCCCUGUAACAUUUAUGGUACAGAUUUCACUCCGCGAUAUAUAACCCCUAUUGACUUUUCUUUUCUUUCUGUCUUUCUUUCUUUUAUUUUUACUUUCUUAAUCUUUUUCUUUUUGUGAAAAUGUGUCUUAAAGUGACCUCAUUUCUUUUACUGUAGCCCCGAGCCUGGGGGGAGUACAGAGGGUCCACUGUCCUUUCUGCUUCCCCAGUCUGAGGAGAAUGAGCCGCGCGUUCCAGAGGCAGAGAGUGACCCUCCAAACUGGAGGGAGCUCGUCCCCCCUGAAACACUCCUCAGUCUGAAGAAAAACGAAAUAAAGCGGCAGGAGGUCAUCAAUGGUACGGGGUAACGUGUCUUUAAUGUCCGUCCUUCCAUCUGCCUUUAUUUCCUCUGCUGUCGUAGAAUUUAUUACAAUUUGUAAAUUUUCUAAUUGCAUCUCUUCUACCACUUCCUAUUUUCUCUUAAAGUGGGCCUGUGCUCUGUGGGAUUAUUUGCUCGGUGAGACAGAGGUAUCUCCCUUUUACAAUAUAGGAGAAUCGCUUAUGUAGUAUUACUUCUUACCUAGAAAUAGAUGGAGGAAGCAAUCUUCUAUUUGCAGUUCUCAACAGCCCUGCUUUACUGUAAAGAUUUCACAGGCCUAUACGUGCCCAUACAUCAGAUUACUGCACAGUAUCUAUUGAGGAUCAUAUGAUAAAACCGAUCUUCCCUCACGUGUUUAUUUAUUUUACGGGGCUAGAAGAUGCAAAUGACACCGACUAUCAAUCAAUGACAACGGAUGAGAAAUGGGAUGGCUUAGAAACUGCGGGAUAAUUGAUAUUAUAACUACAGCUCUCUGAUCAUUAUUUUAUUUCGACUUUGUUCUAAGAAUUAAUCUGAAAGCAAAACAAAUUUCAGAAAUAAAUAUUGCUGUAACCAUAAAACCCCACAAGUGACAGGGAUGUUUUAAAAAAAAAAAAAAAAACACUCCAGGCACCAGUGGCGUACAUACCAGGGGGCCCGACCGCCCCUGCGACCCGGUAUGUACCCACAGGGCCAGCCUCUUCCCCUGGGGGGCCCAGUCAUGUGUAUGCCACUGCCAGGCACGUAAAGUGCUUUAAUUAGCUCUGCUGAGCUUUAUGUGUCUGGAGUGUCUUUUUUUUUAUUUUUACAGUUUAUAAAAGUAUCAAUUUCAAUAGGAAGCAGCAGUUUUAAAACAUUGCUGCAACACCUCUCAGCCUGUCAAUCAGACAACCAAGAAGGUCUUCUUCCUCUUUUCUUAGCUCCUACUUUCGACACUUCUCAGUGAGCAAUACUGCAACUCAUUGAGUAGCAUCGGAUAUUUGUGACUACCAGCGCUAACGGCUCCAGUACAAAGGAAUCUUAAUGAGAAGCCUCUGAUUGGUCAAUUUCCUGGCCCAAACUAAAAGACUGGGAAAGAGGGGAGGGCUUGCAGCGGCUGCAGACAGCAUGUCUGCAGCUUUGGCAGGCUGUUUUUUCAUAUUCCCAAAGAAACCAUGCAGAAAAUAAUACCUAUUAAGUAUUCCACAUGUGCAUGUGCACUGGAGUAUCCCUUUAAGCACUGUAGCCUCCUCUCUGACUUUCUUGUGGUCCUCUUUUUAAGAUGUAAAGCUUGGAGGAAAGAUAUGAUAGAAACAUCUAAAUACAUAAAGGGUAUCGACACAGUAAAAGAGGAGACUAUAUUUAAAAGAAGAAAAACUACCACAACAAGAGGGCAUAGUCUUAAAUUAGAGGGACAAAGGUUUAAAAAUAAUAUCAGGAAGUAUUACUUUACUGAGAGGGUAGUGGAUGCAUGGAAUAGCCUUCCAGCUGAAGUGGUAGAGGUUAACACAGUAAAGGAGUAUAAGCAUGCGUGGGAUAGGCAUAAGGCUAUCCUAACUAUAAGAUAAGGCCAGGGACUAAUGAAAGUAUUUAGAAAAUUGGGCAGACUAGAUGGGCCAAAUGGUUCUUAUCUGCCGUCACAUUCUAUGUUUCUAUGUUUCUCUCUGUGGUCCAUCCGGUUUUUACUGGUCAUGUAGUGUUUCCACUGUUUUUCUUUUUUCUGAUUGUCUUUUUCUCUUCACAGAGCUCAUCUUCACUGAACACGCACAUGUGCGGAUGCUUCACGUGUUGCAUGACAUCUUUUACCUCCCAAUGCAGGAUGUCUGGAUUCCCCAAAUGGAGUUGCAAAACAUCUUUCCUAGUCUUGAUGAUCUCAUCGAGGCACAUGGUAAACCUUUUCAAAAUCCCUGUCCUGCUCAAGCGUGCCUCUGCAUCGCUCAUGGUCCCCUUGAUUCCUUUUGGAUGUCUGACGUUUUGUACCUCUACCUGCCUUUCUAGUUGUGUUCCUGGAAACCUUGAAGAGACUACGGCUGGAGAAUAACUAUGUAAUCCAGGAGAUUGGAACCACACUGUUAAACCGGGUGAGAAGCAGUGGCUUUCGUUGGUUGUGGAGGAGUGUUGGGAUAACAGGACAAGUGCAGGAGAUGAUGGGCCGCUUUACUCUCUACUUCCAAUUACUGUUUAGUUGAUAUACCCCAAUGAAAACAUGCAUGUGUUUAGUUAUGCAUUUUUUCAAAUUGGGGUAUAUAUAAAAACAUCUCUUCUCUGCAUCUGCAGCCUUUGCAAGCCCUCCUCUUCUAGCCCCGCCCAGACUUUCUGUGGCUGUCCAAUCACAGGCUUCUCAGUGCAGCUCAUUGAGAAGUCUUUGCAAGGCAGGUACUCUGGGCAGUUGCUGCCUCUUGAGUUUAGUUCCACUGAGCUAUCCAAACCAGGAAGUAACAGGACAGUUGUAGGUGGAGUGGGGGAUGUAACAAGGUUAAUUCAAAUAUGCACUUUUUGAUAAAUGAAAAGAGGACACACUCUUCACACAUAAGGCACUUCUGCAUGCUAAAAUGCGUUAGGGGUCCUUUGACUGGAGGUCACACCAAGAUCUCACAACAACGUUUAGAACAAAGUUACAUGAACUUAAAUCCUAAGGAAGUGUAACUUUGUCAGAUAGUUUGUAAUUUGUGGACUAUUGUUUCUGCACAAUGAAUGCACACUUAUUCACAUUUAAUAAUACGCAGCUUGAGUGUGCAGCAAAAGUUACUUUGUCUUUGUUAUGUUGAUAUCCCUGUCUGUGUCCUCCCCCCGCUCUAGUUUGAUGGCACAGAAGGAAGCUGGUUCCAGAAGAUUUCUUCUCGAUUCUGCAGUCGCCAACCAUUUGCUUUGGAACAACUGAAACAGAAGCAGAAGAAAGAUCCUCGUUUCACCCAAUUUAUUCAGGUAUUGGAGAAAAGGGUUGACGUGAGCACAGAACUACAUGAUGGCCAGGCGAUGCAAUAUAGUUUACUGCUAAUUGUGAAUGUACCUUUUGCAGAUAUCUGUAUGGACAGAGCAACACAUCGUAAUAUGGUGUUUAUUCUACACCUUUAUUUAAUAUAGUGAUUCUGGUUGAAAACACCAACCUGAACUUAGCCGUAGACACUUCAUUAAUUGCAAGCAGGUCACAUUUCUAAAGCAAACCCCAUUGUGACUACCUUGUUAGCUGGUAGCCAGAUACUUCAUCUGGGUCAGAGGUAGGCAAUCUUUGGCACUUUAGAUGUUGUGAACUAGAUCUCCCAUAAUGCCUUUACAGCUACAGUGCUGGCAGUGCAUCAUGGAAGAUGUAGUCCAAAACAUCUGGAGUGCCGGAGGCUGCCUACCCUUGACCUAGGUCAUUGAUUACUGUUAUUGGCAAAAAAAGAUAUUUGUGAGCUACAUUUUCUUUGUUGCACAUCACAACGUCAAACCUCACCCCAUCCACUGUGUAUUCUAUUGACCCUGAGGCUGUUGUGGAAAUUCCUAAAGUUACCAAGCAUUUGUGUUAUAGAUACCUGUAUGACAAAAGGUUAAAAAGGUUACAUUUUUCUCAAGCUACAACCAAUACAGACAGGCCCAGUAGUCUACAGUGAUGAAGGUAUGCAAUAUAUAAGGAAAAUUGAUCACAGGAACUUCACUCACUUCCAGCAGCCACAGGUGCUCUGGAACAGGACCAGCAAUCCCAACACGUUAAGGCAGCAAGAAAGAUUCCCAGACACUGAAAGUGUGAAAGCUGUAGACAGAUUUAUUGAAACAAAACAGACCGCAACGUUUCAACCCACCAAGAGGUCUUUUUCAAGCUUGAAAAAGACCUCUUGGUGGGUCGAAACGUUGCUGUCUGUUUUGUUUCAAUAAAUCUGCCUACGGCUUUCACACUUUCAGUGUCUGGGAAUCUUUCUUGCCGUAGGCCGUAGGCAGACAAAACAGACCGCAACGUUUCGACCCACCAAGAGGUCUUUUUCAAGCUUGAAAAAGACCUCUUGGUGGGUCGAAACGUUGCUGUCUGUUUUGUUUCAAUAAAUCUGCCUGCGGCUUUCACACUUUGAGUACCUGGGAAUCUUUCAUGCUGCAAUAUAUAAGGGCCUAGCAGAACGAUGUUUUAUUAUUAACACUGUAAUGUUGCAGAAUAAAAAAAAAAAAAAAAAGAUCUGAGCCAAAUCAUAUUUAAAAAAAACACAUUUUGCAUUGUUGCGACUGAUCAUUCUUUUCUACUGUUAUCUGUCUGCUGCCUGGCCUCUCGUGGUUCCAUCGUUAUUUGCUUUUCUUACCAUAUUUUUUAUACCUUUCUCCUUCUUUCUCUGGUAGGAAGCAGAGAGCCACCCACAAUGCAGAAGGCUGCAGUUAAAGGAUAUUAUCCCAUUUGAGAUGCAAAGAUUAACCAAGUAUCCGUUGCUGCUCCAGAAUAUUGCAAAUCUCACCGGUAAGGACCUCCAUCCUUUGUUAAUGUAGAUGAAGAUUGGCGAUUCCCUAUACUGCUCGUAGCAUAGCAAAGGGAGUGAGAUCUCAGUAUGUGUGAGGAGACCAGAUGGAAUUUUUAGUUUCACUUCGCCAGUCAACUGCUCGAGAAAAACGACAAUCCUCGAAGUGGAUGUCACACUCUUUGUUUUUUCUUUGUGUGUGUGUUAACCAUCAGCUUUGUUGUUUUAGAUUUUUAUUUAUAUUUGUAUGGGACUGAGCCACAAAUUUUCUCUAAAAUGAGAGCCUUACACUCCUUAUAUGUACUUUCUCUAAAGAGUCUGUAAGACUAGUUUAAGGGACCUUCUGGGUGAAAUUUGUAAAAACACCCCCCACAGACACACACGCACCCAAACACACACACAAUUUAGUAGACAAUGCAUUGAAACCUACCCCCUUAAUGUGUUUUUUUUUUGUUUUUUUUUGCAAGGACUCCAUUUCUGCACAUAUUUCUGUUUUAUCCAGGAACUGACUGAAGUAUCUCAGCCAUCCUUGGCCUUAGAGUCAAACAAGUAGUUGAGUUAUGGAGCUUGUAUAUAAGUGUCACAUUUCAUUAUUACUCAGUCAGGUCAAUACGACUCAGUUGAGAGUGUGCCGUGAAGCCACAAGCAGCUCUCCGUUCUCUCAAAUAAAUGAGUCGUCUUUUGAAACUAAGUAGCUUCCAUUCAUAUUCUCCUUAUCCCAGAAGGGGAAACUGCUGAUGUUCGGGGAAGUGAGGGUUGCACUGGAAUUUGGAUGGCAAGUGGGGACACAAACAUCUGGGUCCCAGGGAAGGUUGGCAUUUCCGUAAUGUAGCUCCAAAAUUGUGUUUUUGUUUUUUUUACAUAGCUUUACAUCUGAAUAAUCAACCUGCACCGCGAGGAAAUGGGGGGUUAGAUGGUGGAUAGGGCUAGGGCCAGCUAAAUGUAUGAUAAGUUGGAUGACAGGGCUGUGAGCAGGUGGGGGAAGGGGGGAGCUCCUGAACAUGGCUGUAUUAGAAAGCUUAAAUGCCUAACCUCGAUUCUUAACUUUCCCAGAUGAAGAGGAAGAAAAGCAGAAAGUGCAGAAGGCUGCCGAGUGCUGCCGUCAGAUUCUCAAUCAUGUCAACCAGGAAGUUCGAGAAAUGGAAAACCAUAUGGUUAGAACCAGCUGUGCAUGAACCUCUCAUACUGCGCUCUCCGGGCCUUCUAUCUUAACCUUUUGAGUGGCAAAGUAGUGUGCAAUGCAUUGCCUGCCCCUAUGGCACUCACAAUGUAACUUACCAGUGUCGCUAGUGCUGUUUGACCAACCUGUGACAAUCUGAGUGCUCCUAGCUUCCUGUCACUUUGUAAUAUCCACCGUUGCACCCUCUCGUGGCUUAUUUUCCCUGUCUAACCUUUCAUCCAUUCUCUUCUUCUCUGAUUUGUGUCUGAUCUCUGCUCUGUACCCCCUGCAGAAGCUCAACGAUUACCAAAGACGCCUGGAUGUUUCCAACCUGAGGGUGAAUGAUCUUGUGUUUAAUGAGUUUAAGGUAAUGACCUUCUAUAGUAGCGAAUUUGAAUUGAUCGUUCCAAAUUUAUCCCGUCAUAAGUGUAGUUCCAGUUAUUCGUAUUAUUAUUUAUAAAGCACCAACGAAUUCUGUAGCGCUGUACAAUAGCUUAACUAACAGACAAGUACUUGUAACAGGACGAGUUGGAUGUACAGGAGUGUGGAGAGGGCCCUGUUCAAACAAGCUUACAUUCUAGAGGGAGUGGGGUAAUGUGGCACCAGAGAUAAGUGUAGGAUGUAUUUCAUGUAUUGGAAAAAGUAGGUUACUAGAAUAGUUGACAAUGAAGUCCUAGAUAUUUGUUUGUUUGUUUUUUUGAGACGCUGUUGCAGGAGUGGAAGAGGGGUCUAUUAGCAAGAGGCAGGAGGGAAGCUAUAACAGCUUAAUAGACAUUCCUUCCUAAAGAAGUGUGUUUUUAAUGAUCUUUUUUUAAGGAAAAUCAGACUGGGUCAGAGUCUAAUGGGGCAGGGAAGGGAGUUCCAUAGAAACGGUGUAGUCUAGAGAAACUUUUAAGGUGACAGUCAAAGGUGCGAGUACGAACAGAGGAUAGACACAGGUCACCAACAGAGCCUAGGGGCCAGCACGGACUUACUUGUGUAUCCGUAAGGAUAGGUAGUUUACAGCAGCGUUAUGUAGAGAUUUGUAAGCAAGCUGCAGAAUUUUAAAUUGAGCCCAAAAGACAGUGUAAGGACUGACCGAGGGGCGAGGCAUGGAUGUGCUGGCAGACUGCAUUCAUUAUAGACUGUAAUGGGGCAAGCUGGGAAUGCGUAAGGAGCACUGAGAAAAAGAUUUCCGUAUUCAAGGCAAGAAAUGGUAGCAGCAUGGACCCAGCACUUUAGCCAUUCUGUUCAGGUCUGAGACAGGAAACUGUCCCCCUCAUUGGGGUCACCAGUUCCUGGUAAAAUACCUUGCUGUCUCACUAGUUUCUGGUAAAAGACCUUCCUGUCUCACUAGUUCCUGGUGAAAGACCUUGCUGUCUCACUAGUUCCUGUUGAAAGACCUUGCUGUCUCACUAUUUUCUGUUAAAAGACCUUCCUGUCUCACUAGUUCCUAUUGAAAGACCUUGCUGUCUCACUAGUUCCUGGUGAAAGAACUUGCUGUCUCACUAGUUCCUGGUAAAAUACCUUGCUGUCUCACCAGCUCCUGGUAAAAAUACCUUGAUGUCUCACCAGUUCCUGGUAAAAAGACCUUGCUGUCUCACCAGUUCCUGGUAAAAAGACCUUGCUGUCUCACUAGUUCUUGGUAAAAAGACCUUGCUGUCUCACCAGUUCCUGGUAAAAAGACCUUGCUGUCUCACUAGUUCUUGGUAAAAAGACCUUGCUGUCUCACCAGUUCCUGGUAAAAAGACCUUGCUGUCUCACCAGUUCCUGGUAAAAAGACCUUGCUGUCUCACCAGUUCCUGGUAAAAAGACCUUGCUGUCUCACCAGUUCCUGGUAAAAAGACCUUGCUGUCUCACUAGUUCCUGGUGAAAGACCUUGCUGUCUCACUAGUUACUGGUGAAAGACCUUGCUGUCUCACCAGUUCCUGGUAAAAUACCUUGCUUUCUCACUAUUUUCUGGUAAAAUACCUUCCUGUCUCACUAGUUCCUGGUGAAAGACCUUGCUGUCUCACUAGUUCCUGGUGAAAGAACUUGCUGUCUCACCAGUUCCUGGUAAAAUACCUUGCUUUCUCACUAUUUUCUGGUAAAAUACCUUCCUGUCUCACUAGUUCCUAUUGAAAGACCUUGCUGUCUCACUAGUUCCUGGUGAAAGAACUUGCUGUCUCACUAGUUCCUGGUAAAAUACCUUGCUGUCUCACCAGUUCCUGGUAAAAAAAACCUUGCUGUCUCACCAGCUCCUGGUAAAAAUACCUUGAUGUCUCACCAGUUCCUGGUAAAAAGACCUUGCUGUCUCACCAGUUCCUGGUAAAAAGACCUUGCUGUCUCACUAGUUCUUGGUAAAAAGACCUUGCUGUCUCACCAGUUCCUGGUAAAAAGACCUUGCUGUCUCACUAGUUCUUGGUAAAAAGACCUUGCUGUCUCACCAGUUCCUGGUAAAAAGACCUUGCUGUCUCACCAGUUCCUGGUAAAAAGACCUUGCUGUCUCAUCAGUUCCUGGUAAAAAGACCUUGCUGUCUCACUAGUUCCUGGUGAAAGACCUUGCUGUCUCACUAGUUACUGGUGAAAGACCUUGCUGUCUCACCAGUUCCUGGUAAAAUACCUUGCUUUCUCACUAUUUUCUGGUAAAAUACCUUCCUGUCUCACUAGUUCCUGGUGAAAGACCUUGCUAUCUCACUAGUUCCUGGUGAAAGAACUUGCUGUCUCACCAGUUCCUGGUAAAAAAAACCUUGCUGUCUCACCAGUUCCUGGUAAAAAGACCUUGCUGUCUCACCAGUUCCUGGUAAAAAGACCUUGCUGUCUCACCAGUUCCUGGUAAAAAGACCUUGCUGUCUCACCAGUUCCUGGUAAAAUGACCUUGCUGUCUCACCAGUUCCUGGUAAAAUGACCUUGCUGUCUCACCAGUUCCUGGUAAAAAGACAUUGCUGUCUCACCAGUUCCUGAUAAAAAGACCUUGCUGUCUCACUAGUUCCUGGUAAACAUUACUCCACUCUAGCUGGUUCUAGGUAAUGAACCCUACUGUUGAAUAUUCCAGUCGAUGACCCUCCUGCAUUGCUUUAAACAUUUUUCUUUAUUAAUAGUCUCUCAUUGACAAAACAUAUUUGUGUUUUUUUCCAGAAUAUUGAUAUCAGUAAAAAGAAUCUUAUAUACGAGGGUUCUUUGCUAUGGCGAGUAAGCAAAGACAAGGCCAUUGGUGAGGGUCCAAUUUCAUGUGAAUUACUCAUAUCUGUCUUCUAUACUUUCAAUAUUAUGCUAGUUUUUAUUAUUUUAAAAAGUAUCUCAUCAUAUGUCCUUUAUUUCCUACAAUGACCUGUUCUUUUCCUUAACCUUUCCUGUCUUGUUUGCCCCUCUCUCCCUUUUUCCAUCCUGAUCAAUAACAUCCUGUCUUGCAGAUGUCCAUGUCCUCCUCCUAGAUGACAUGUUGAUGCUGCUGCAGAAACAGGAUGAGCGACUGGUGCUGAAAUGCCAAAGUCGGACCAUUAUGCCUACCCCAGAUGGAAAGUUAAUGCUGAUUCCCAUUAUUAAGUUAGAUUCGGCAAUGGCUCGCGAAGUGGCUACAGGUCAGUAAUCUUCAUGGCUGUAUGUUAAAAGAUGACACCAAACAUGUAAAGAACAUGCAAACUCCAGCUUGGUUGCUACAGAGCUCAUGUGCUCAUGUAAAUGUUUUUAACACACACAGACAGAGUGUGCAGAGAAGCUGAAGGCAGGCUUGCAAAUUGACCACAAAGGCUUCUCAAGGAGAAACCUUUGAUUGGUCAAUCUACCGGCUGGAAGUCUUUGCCAGGAAAAAAAUUGAGGGCUUGCAGUAGCUGCAGACACUUAAUCUGCAGCUUUUGGAAGCUAAUUUUCAUAUACCAACUUAGAAAACAUGCAAAAUUAAUUAUAUUUAACCGGGGAUCAUCGACGGGGAUCAUCUAGAUGGGCUUUAAGGUAAUGUGAUACUAUAGCAGAUCAACAUCUCAGCAGUGUUGGCCUUUUUCUUUUAGUUUUUUGUAACCUUAACGACGUAUUACAGAAUUAUUCCGCCAUGGUAUUCCUUCCCAUUAGGGCUAUUCCGUCAUGUGGUAUUUUACCGGCAGGGACUGUUUCAUUGCUUGUAACUGGGUAUCAUUUGAUAUAUGGGUCUCCCACUUUUCAGCUGGCGCCAAAAUUUGUGGAUCCAGACUUACUGAUGUUCUGUUUGCAGUGCUCAAAUUGAGCGCUGUGCCGUGAAAAGUGUCAAAAUAACCUUAGAUAAAUGGCCGGUGAUGUAAGCAAAUACUUGUGUGGGGCAAUUUAGUUUUCUGCGAUGAAUAUCAAGCUUACAGGAUAAACAUACCAAAUUCAAAAAAUCCCUCCACAUUCAAACUUUUUUUUUUCCUUGUAUUUUGUGACUUACCUAUCAAAAAUAAACUGAAAUCCUAGAGAUAUUUUGUACUAAAUUCAUAACUUCAUUUAUUUUUAAUUGAUGUAAACAGGAACGGUGGUUGAACACACACAUCACAAAAAUGACAGGCUUCUGAAGCUGUGUCACCGAGGGAUUAAGAUCUUUAGUUUUAAAAGCUCACAUCAUCGCUGAACAAUUUAUAAACUCGUGAGUUUUUAACCUGAACUGUGUAUCUUUGUCCUCAUCCUAUCUCGUUGGUCUUUCUUGCAGACAACAAAGCCUUUUUUGUGAUAUUUAAGUGGGACGGAAAGGGACAAAUCUAUGAAUUGGUGGCACCUACUGUAUCCGAGAAGAAAAUGUGAGUCUUUAUGGGAUAAUGGUUAAGGGGGUACAGAACGUAUCGAACUGAGACAUGACAAGUUCAAAGAGUGCAAGCAGGGAUAGUGCAAUGAGUGUCCUCCCAUCAUUUUGUUGUUGUAAAUGAGAAAUUACUGAGGGAUAUGUUUACUCAAAGGGAAACAUAUCAGAGUGUAAGGUCAUGGAGGGAGGGGUGUGAGAUUGAGAUAAUUUUGUGGGAGCUCUGGAACAAUACCAAAUUUGUGAGUGAAGGCCAGGGGGUUUGUGUGCAUAAUAAGCAGCAUGGGAUUUUGCGAGUGUAAUUCUGGUAAAUGGUGCAGCGUAGGACGCAAAUGGAUAGUAGAAGUGAACGUCUUGGUUUAAAAUAAAAAUGUCUAGUGGGAGGGUAUUAGGAGUGCUUCUGUGAUUGCUCAAACAUCCAUUCUGUUUCCUUUUAGUUGGUUUUCAUUGAUCAAAGAAACUACAGGCUCCUUAGACUUUUGUGCUCCAUCCAGAUCUGGACUUCGAUCUGGAAAUUCUAGUGGAAUGAUCCCACAGAGUCCAUCAUAGUAAGUGAAUAGUGGUAGCGAUUCAUUCAACAUGUGCACUGCUGAAAUAUACUCUGCAUGCAGAUUCUUGAAGUAAGGUUAUCUUACUUCGUAGGCUUUUGUUCCAGGCAUAUUGCAGUGUCCUGUAUGUCAUAGUAGUAGCGGCGUACUUCCUGAACUGCCGCAGUGGUAUUGCCUUGAAUUUCUUUUUUCGCUUUAGUUUCCUUUUGCACAACCCUUAUCUACAACACCCCACCGUCCAGUUGACCGUAUUUUUGUGUUUUGCAGUUUUAACGAGCCAGUACUAAGAGAGAACGGAGAUUCCCUUAAAGAUUCGGUGAACAAAGAUGGUAAGAGAGCCAACUCUCCAUGAUGACAUUGGCCAAAUGCACACAAACGUGUUUCCAAAAAUUACAUACAACUACAUACCAUAUACCAGAAAUAAAGUCUACACCUUCACAACACAUCAAGCAACCUUCACAAACAUCUGCUAUUUCUUCUACCUCAUACUCCUUCUAUUGUUGUCCUGAUAUAAUAUUUAAUAUACCUAGAUAAUAUUUCAUGAUGUUCUUCAGGCAGGUGAAACAAGACCGUUUUGUUCUUCUAAAUUUUGUUUCAUGAUGCCCUGUUUAAUUAUAUUCACUCUCUGACAGACAAGAAAAAGUCUCCUGUGGAAUCAGGGCAGGAAGAGACUGUUGGGGACACACCAAAUCUAAUGGAGCAUCUUCUAGCUCAUAAUAUUGCUGUGUGUAAAAUGAGCCAGGAAUCCACGAAUACUGGUGGGAACUUAGCCAGUGAGGCUUUAGAAGAAGGUGAGGAAUUCUGUAUAGUUCUUACAGUUGAACGUUGGUGUUCCAGUAAAAGAAGACUGAUUAACGGUACUUUUUUUUGUUCUUGUCGUCAGUUUUGGUGCUAAAACGGUUACUAGUGAAGAAUAUACGCCUUAGUUUGGAUGCAGAUUCACUGUCAUUUAUAGAGUUAAACUCUGCCAAAGGGGAGGAGCUUGCACCGGCGGAAUCGACCACCAAUGGUAAUGAUGAGGACUCUUCAAGAGACACUGGAGAGAAUGGUGAGUUUUUACAAAUUCAGCCUAAAAAUUAUCGGACUGAUUGUCCACAGUGCGUUAAAUAGGUACAACUCAUAAUUAUUUAUAGAGAUAUUCUAUGUACCUAAACAAUCAUACUAACUUGUACAAUUUGUUUCAUAUUCCUCCAACCCCACCAUGAAUAUGCACUGCAAGCCUGGUGUUCCCAUUACAAACCAAAAAUCAUUGUGCUCUGAGAAUAACGACUAAAAUACCAGACACCGCCAUUGCAAUACAGGAGUAUUCAUGUUUUAGAAAUGACAGAGCAAAGAGAGGAGGAGGCAUUGUUAUUUAUGUUGACAAUUCCAUAAAGUUUACCCCUUUACAAAACCUUAGUCCUCCUGCCACCUUUGAUUUCCUUUCUGGCACAAUUGAGUUCCCGUGCAGUAAAUCAAUCAUUGUUGCAGGAAUCUACCGCCCACCUAGCUCCUCUGUGCAUUCCCUUUCUGACAUAGCCCAUCUCCUUAGUGAAACCAUAGCUCAAAACCCUAAAAGUGAAUUGUUGGUCUUAUUGAGAUAUUGAUUGGCUGAAUCCUAAAAAUAAUAGUUUUUGCACGCUGUUUAAGACUUUGCAGCAAACGCAAUUACUCUCCUCCCCAACUCUCAUAAACAUUAAAAGCCAUAACCAUACCCUGCUAGAUUGGAUUCUCUCCACUUCUCCUGAUCGAAUCCAGGAGGCCGGUGUUCUCCCAAACACUUUCAGUGAUCACUAUUUAGUGUACUGCGUGCGCAAAAUAAAGGCUAUUAAAUCCUCUCCCAAGGUUAAAAUAAAUAGGUCCUUCAAAAAUUUUAAUCUCGAAGCCUUUCUUAAUGACAUCAAGAACCUCCCAUGGCACAGAUUAAACAUUAUCCCAGAUCUAGACUGUGCUGUUGAAUUCUUUCAGUCUGAACUCCUACAAAUUUGGAAUUUGCAUGCCCCGCUGCGUAAGGUGAGGGUAAAAGGAGCACAUAUGAACUGGAUCACAGCUGACGUCAUCCAAAUGUACCAGUUUCGUGAUUCUUUGUGGUCAAAGUUUAAGCGUACUGGCUCUAAGAAUGAUCACUGUGCAUAUAGACAAUGGCGAAAUAUAUGCACAAAACAGACAAAAUUGGCCAAGGCCCAAUAUUUCUAUGAAAAUCUGAACAAUAACAUCUCAAACCCUAGAAACUUUUGGAAAGUCAUAAAUAAACUACAAACUCCCCCAAUCCACUCCCAACCCUCCACUGUCAAAGUGGGUAACCAAACCCUGCAACUUCCCUUAGAUGUAGCAAAUGCCUUUAACAAUUAUUUUGUCGGAUGCUCUACUGCCCUGAUUGCCAAGCUAAUAAAUGACACGCAUCCUGAAACUACAAAUGUGGAUCAGGUCCCACUAAAUUUGCAAAGGCCCAAUAUAGACAAGUUCAUUUUUAGACCUGUACCUGUUAGUGUCAUUAAAAAACAUCUUGAUAAUCUAAAAAUGAAAAACCAAUCCGAACCUGAUCAAAUCCCAGCAAUGCUGUUGAAGCUCAGUGCGCCGGCAAUUGCUAAACCUGUCGCAACUCUAAUUAACGAAUCCUUGGUGUCUGGAUACAUACCCAAACUUUGGAAGACUGCGAGAGUAGUGCCUAUCCAUAAAAGUGGUGACACUACUUUGGUUUCUAACUAUCGCCCAAUAUCAUUGCUCCCGGUAUUGUCAAAAAUCUUUGAAAAAUGUGUCCAUACGCAACUAUGCGAGUACUACCAACAAUUAAACUAUCUGACCCCUGAUCAAUCUGGCUUUUGCCAGAAUCACUCCACUACAACUGCCCUCCUCAAAGUUUGCAAUGAUAUCCAAACUGGCAUGGAACAAGGAGACCUAACUGGAGCUAUUUUCCUUGAUUUUGCUAAGGCCUUUGACACAGUAGACCACGAUAUUCUACUGCACAAACUCAAAAACUCAGGUAUUGGUGAUCGUUCGCUAACCUGGUUUCGAUCGUAUGUAUCGGAUCGCUCGCAAUAUGUGUCCAUUUCUGACAGUGACUCCCUCCCUCUCCCAGUCACGUGUGGUGUUCCCCAAGGUUCCAUUCUCGACCCCCUACUAUUUACAUUAUUUAUAAAUGAUCUGCCUAAUGUCUGCAAAUCCUCAAAUGUACACAUGUACGCAGAUGACACAGUAAUCUAUGCGAGCAAAUCCAAUCUACCGCAGCUUGAGGCUGUGUUCCAAGACCUGUUUACAGAGGUAGAAAAGUGUAUCGCAAAAAACAAACUCUUCCUGAACACUGACAAAACUGUCACAAUGAUCUUUGGAACAGUACCUAAAUUACACAAAUUACACAAUUCCCACCUAUCCAUCAAAACAAAUUCAAAUGACACACUGACCGCAGUCCACUCUUUCAAAUACUUGGGUAUGAUAUUAGACCCCAAUCUAUCUUUUGGCCUGCACAUAGAAAAGCUUGCAUCUAAACUUUAUCCAAAAUUAGGUGCCCUGUACAGAAACAAAGCCUGCCUAAGCCCUACAGUAAAGGAAAAGAUUGUACAGCAAAUGCUGAUGCCAAUCAUUGAUUAUGGGGAUGUAGUAUAUGCGUCUGCAUCGCGAUCCCACAUUAAUAAACUCAACACAUUGUAUAACUCGUUCUGCCGAUUUGUGCUACAAUGUAAUUACAGGACCCACCAUUGUGACAUGCUAAAGGAACUAAACUGGCUGUCGCUGGAAUCCAGACGCACUCUUCAUCUUUCCAGACUUGUGUUUAAGAGCUUCUCUGGGAAACUCCCGCCCUACCUGAACAAAAUGCUUUCCGAAGCUGUUCCUACUUCCUAUAAGCUCCGAUCCAGUACCAACACUUUACUUGGUCUACCUCAAUACAAAAAGAAAGCGGCCCGAUCCUCCUUCUCCUACAGAGCAUCGCAAUUGUGGAACAACCUCCCGCACACUUUAAAAUCUUCCCCAAGCCUAAAGUCCUUUAAGAGAUCCCUCUCUACAUACCUCAAAACAGAAUGCACCUAUCAUGGUUGAUUAUAUAUUUCCUACCUGUUCUAUGUUAAAUUUUGUAUUUAUUGUGUAUUAAUAUUGUUUUUGUAUUUUAUUGUACCCUAAUGUAGCAAUGCAAUGAUUUGUAGACCCAGGACAUACUUGAAAACGAGAGAAAUCUCAGUGUAUCUUUCCUGGUAAAAUAUUUUAUAAAUAAAUAAAUAAUAAACACAACUCAUGUUACAUGUACACAGAAUAUGUUAUCUUAUGUUUAUUAUUGAGUGGCUUAAUAUCUUUUUCUUUAUGCAAGAUUAGCAAAGUUUUUUGUGCUCAUUAAUUCUCCAUUAGAAAGAUAUUAUAGACCAUGAUUUGGCUUGAAGAUCUCAGUUGCGUCCCUCGUUUUAAGGAGAAAAGGAAUUUUGGAAACCUUGGUAGAGAGAACUAUUCAGAAAUUUGAAUUUUGAUGGGUCUAAUGAAUUUUUAAGUAAAAAGUCCCAUUUACAUUUGCAGUUCUGAGUUUGACCUGUAGAGGGCAGUAAGUGUAUAUGUAAUUUAAUAUGGAAUUUUAUGGUUAUGUAUUUUUGUGUUUUUUCCCAUGGAUAGGUGCUGAACUGAGCAGAGAAAGUCAACUAGAUGGUGGGGACUCUUUAUGUGCACCCAUUGUACUUUCUCAGGAACAAUCUGAGGAAGUUAGAAGACACAUCCAAGUGCUAGAGCAAAGGGUCCAACAGCUCAAGGUUAGUGAGUAAAGAAUGGCCCUGUGAUCGCCCCCCACCAUGUUCCUCCAGUUUGUAUGAAAUCAUGUAAUUGUUUUUCAUUAUUGCUUCUGCUAUCUCCCAUUAUAUGUCUUUCUUCCACUUUCUAGAUGAUAGAAGAGGACUAUAACCAUCUGCAGAGGACAAUUGCCAAAUUUACUGUGUCUCAGAGCAGUUUCACAUGAGACAGGUAAUGUACAUGUGGAACAGGGAGGUGAACAGUUUGACCUGGUGCUUGCUGUGUAUGUGAGAAAAUCUCAUGGACCUGGGCUAGGUGAGAGUGUCACAUUGUGAGCUGGCCCAGGAGUGGAGUGUCACAGCGCGUGCUGACCCUGGUAGAGAGUGUCACAGCGCGUGCUGACCCCGGUAGAGAGUGUCACAGCGCGUGCUGACCCCGGUAGAGAGUGUCACAGCGCGUGCUGACCCCGGUAGAGAGUGUCACAGCGCGUGCUGACCCCAGUGGAGAGUGUCACAGCGCGUGCUGACCCCAGUGGAGAGUGUCACAGCGCGUGCUGACCCCAGUGGAGAGUGUCACAGCGCGUGCUGACCCGGGCGGAGAGUGUCACAGCGUGUGCUGACCCGGGCGGAGAGUGUCACUGCGCGUGCUGACCUGGGCUGAGAGUGUCACUGCACUGCGCGUGCUGACCCGGGUGGAUAGUGUCACUGCGCAUGCUGACCCGGGCGGAGAGUGUCACAGCGCGUGCUGACCCGGGCGGAGAGUAUCACAGCGCGUGCUGACCCAGGUGCAGAGUGUCAGCGCGUGCUGACCCAGGCGGAGAGUGUCACAGCGCGUGCUGACCCGGGCGGAGAGUGUCACAGCGCGUGCUGACCCGGGCGGAGAGUGUCACAGCGUGUGCUGACCCGGGCGGAGAGUGUCACAGCGCGUGCUGACCCAGGUGCAGAGUGUCACAGCCCGUGCUGACCCGGCCGGAGAGUGUCACAGCCCGUGCUGACCCGGCCGGAGAGUGUCACAGCCCGUGCUGACCCGGCCGGAGAGUGUCACAGCCCGUGCUGACCCGGCCGGAGAGUGUCACAGCCCGUGCUGACCCGGCCGGAGAGUGUCACAGCGCGUGCUGACCUGGGCGGAGAGUGUCACUGCGUGUGCUGGCGCUUGCUGGCCCAGGUGGAGAGUGUCACUGCGUGUGCUGGCCCAGGUGCAGAGUGUCACUGCGCGUGCUGACCCGGGCAGAGAGUGUCACAGCACUGGUCUGGAUGUAAAAUGGCACUGGGAAUGCUGUACUAGGGAGUGGAUUGGGAUAGUGUUGGCCAGAUGCUGUGCUGAGUGUGGAACGUCACUGUGUGAUUGAUCCACAAAGGUUUAAGUUUCAGAUGCCUUGGAAGGAAAACAAAUGGUGAAAGCAUAAGGUUUAAGUAUUCAUCUACUUGGGAACAUUUCUGUUUUAUUUUUGUGUGUGUGUGUGUUGUGCUUUUGUGUUUGUGCUCACAUAGAAUUCAGCAGAGAGUGCCCAUGGCACCUUGAUAUUGGUACCUUACAGCAUAUUCAUUUUGCUUGUUCCACAGGUUUUCUCCAUUUCCUUGAUGUGCCAAUCCCUGACGCAUUCAUCCGCAGGUUGCCCCUCUCAUCAACCAAAACCUUUCUGACUGUAUCCUACUACCUAACAAAUAGGCAUCCCCACAGGGUGCUGUAACAGGGGAUGAAGCGGAGAAUGGUGGUAUUACCUACCCAAUGAACUGCCAGCUGUUUUAUUAUAGGAUGGGUGACCAUUCACUGUUUAUUACAGGAGAAAACUCCAUUCUAGAUAUCAAAUGCCACAAAAGUGCCUUAUUGCUUCUUUUUUUUUUUAAUAUAUGGGUUUUUUUUCAGGGACUGUUGGGGGAGGGGGGCUGCUGAAUUCUCUAUAUAUUAUGUAAUCUGUUUUUAAAUAUAUAUAUAUAUAUAAUUAUCAGAUAUAGAGAUUCUUAUCCUAGCUGUACAGUAAAAUGAUGACAAGCUUGUAUGAAUGAAUAAAUAUGUGAUUCUUUCUAGGCCCCUUUAUCAGUUGGGUUAAUGAAUAAUCCUGAUAUCCUCACCCUAUUUAAGGCUCUGAUUUUUUUUUUUUUUUCUAUCCCUCCUGGGUUUCAAGAGGGAGUGCGGUACCUACAAAGAGACUGGCACCUGGAUCAGGUUGGGAUGUGUAAAAUUAAGGGAUUCAGAAAAGAGUGAUGAGAUGAGGCUAAGCUGAUAACUUAGAUUUAAGUUGGUAUCUUCACAUACUGGAGUCUGUGGGAAGAAGGUUAAUAGUGCAUUAGACCCACGUCAAAAUACUUUUGUAUUAUUGUUAGCUAGGGAUAUUCCGCAGGAUGUGUCCUGAUUGCCUCUGUAUUAGGAAUGAGUUUUUCGUGUCUUUGUGUGGACGUUGAAGUACCUGUCUGUCUGUGUCUGAGUGAGCUUUGAGUAUUAAGAGUAAAUAUUCCAGCUAUCUGUGCACUAGUUACGAGUGAGUGGUAGGAUUAAGGAUGAGCGAUAUGUCAGUGUGUGAGUAGAAGAUCAAGUGUUUUUGAUCAACUGUCUAUAUACUAGCAGCGAAUUUGAGCUGUUUCCCUACAGUUGUGUUGUGGGAUCUAAUUUGAUGGACCCAAUUCAUUUCGAAUUAAGAUCGUAAAAGUUACGUGUUUGCUACUGGCAUAAGAUAUAAGGUCACAGUAUGUUUAUCAUGAAGAGAUCUGCAGGGAUCAUUCAUUUACGGGUCCCACCUGAUCCAGGAAACCAUUCAUUGCCAUCUCACUGCUUCCAAAAGGCCCACCACAUCUACUCAGAGUCAAACCGACAACUUAUGGUGGAGGUAAAAAAGUAUAGAGUAUCUGUACUGUCACUGUAUAGAGAGCUGCAAAUAGGGAGAUUUAUUGUAUGUGCAUAUUGUGCACCCACAUACAUACAGGGCUGGAAAUGCUAUUAAGUGUUAGAAAAUAAAGAACAUCUCUAUUGUAUUCAAAGAUGUGGGGAUUUCGUGUCCUGGAUCUAUGUAUUUUUCUUAGUCCUAAUUUGUUUAAAAUUCAUCCUUUAUGUUAUUUAAACAAACAAAAAUAUAUAUAUAUAAAUUGAAGCUUUCUUUUUUAUUGGAUGGGUGGUUUUGAAAAAAGGUCAGUGUAUUAUGUCAACAGGGGGAUUUGAAAAGGAAAGGGGGGGGUGGGGGGCUAUUUGUAUUCCAUAUUUUGUUUGUCAAUGUAUGCCAAAGACCAUUGUCUACAACCUAAAAACUGUAAAAGCAACAAAGAAAUAAAGUGUUUUCAGAAUUGACAUUGUGGGAUGGUAAUCCCGUUACAUGCUGUGAUGAGCUUGUUGUGUUGAUACUACAGAUGUUUAUUAUAUGCAACCGUGUAGUCAUCUUUCACAAAGUGGCUCAAGUCGUCUGCACUGGACAACCAUUGCCAACUCAGAAAUGUUUAUGGGACAUAAAAG